AAACAAAAGCUCGGCAACAGUGAUCUCCGACGGUCGCGUGACGCGGUGUGUCUCGUGAUGAUCGCGGUUUCUUGACUCUCGAUCGCACGCACGCAAUGUGUAUGUGUGUCGAUGAGUGUGUGUGUGUUUGCAUAGCCAAAUUGAGCGUCAAACUCGAGGACUUGUACCUCCAACUCUCGGUGCGCCAGUUCAACUUUGAUCCAAGAGGAAUUCCUUUGCGCUUUAGGGAGUGCCCCGUGUGCGACUGUGGCAUACUUGUGUUGACAUAGCUGCGUUUUGCCUGUUGCGGUGACAAACCAGAGAGAAGUGUGCAACAAGCGACCAACCCAACAAUAGUGUGAAUUGUUCCGCUUGUGGUGACAGGUAAAGUGGAUGUGGAGGAGCAAAAGCAACGCCACAACACUCAAAGGCACAGUGAAAUCAUCUGCAUACCGACCAUAAAAAACGGAUGGCAGCAUUGGCGUGUCAGUGAUUUGCAACAUAACGGAUCUCUCGCGCUCUCUGUCUCGCCAUAUCUCGCUAUGGUGCGACCCUUGGCCGUGCAGUAGGCGACGAACGGGCCGCGGGUCUACUGGAGAACGAACGUGAACGUGAUCGUAGUGUGCCGUUUGCUGCGUAGGAGAACCGAGUGGAAUGUGUAGUUUGAAGAAUGCAAGAGAAACGCAGCACGAUCAUGUUACACGGCGCUGGUGGCGACGACGAGCGGUGGCAGUGUUGGCAGUGAUCGUGGCCCACCAUUAAGCCACACCGUGAGCAGUGUGCAGCUGCGGUGCUGGUUCGAAAGUGACAGUGCUUUGUGGCCGUUGGAAGUAUUAGUUGGGGAUUGUGAGUAUUCACGUUGUGUUGUGGCUGUUGUAGUUGCCGGUGAAAGCGGCCAACGCUUGACGGCGCUCUUGAAGCAAGCAAGUGGUCAGCAGCAGCACCAGCACCAGCACCAUGGAGGCGGACGUACUGAACGCGCUCAACACGCAGACGGCGUACAUGCCGGGCGGUCGGGAUCGGGACGGACAUCCGCUCGUGGUCAUACCGGUCCCGUUCUACGACAAUCUGCCCUGGAUGAAGGGAUUCCUCGAGACGACGGUUAAGUACCUGCUGGCUAGCUUAAGUCCCGAAACGGUCAGCAGUGGACUCGCCGUCAUUCUCGAUGCGCAAAAGUGUUCGUGGCGCUCCACCCGCCAGUACAUAAGGCACGUGCAGCAGCUGUUGAGCUGUGAGCAGAUGAACAGCUUUCUCGUGAUCCGGCCCGAUGCGUUCUGGGACAAGAAUCGGGUGGAGAACUGUGCCCGCCAGCAUCGCAAGGGUGAGCCAACCAUCAUCUCAAAGUCCCGGUUGGGCAAGUACUUUGACACGAGCGAGCUACCGGAGGAGCUUGGCGGCAUCAUCGCUUAUAAUCAUGAGCAGUGGAUACAAUCCCGCGAGCGCAUCGAAGAAUUUCGAAAAUCCUACGACAAAGCGAUGGGCGACCUAGAAAACCUGCACCUCAUCCUGCUGGACAACCGGACGGUGCGGGCCAGCGAGUCGACCGCGGCCCUCAAAUCUUGCCAGCAGCUGUACGGGGAUGUGCAAAAAUUUCUCUCCCUAGUGAUGGACGGCGGCAAAAAGCUGCUGGCCCACUUGACCGACCUGCACAGUGCCAAGUCGGCCGUACCGCAGGAUCUAACUGAUGGCAAGACGCAAGUCGAUCGGUUGCUGAACGCACUCGAUCGCAAGCAGACCGUCACCAACCAGGCCUGGACGGAGCUGGAACGCACGGUCGAGGUGCUGCAGGAGUUGGCCACCCUGGAGGAGGGCGUUUCGCACGUGACCAGCUGGAUACUGACGACGGCCGAAUCGAUGCUGAAUGCACAACUUCGGGUCGGACAUGAUGUCGGUACGGCUGAUCAGUUGCGGCUGGAGCACGAGAUUCUGGAGCUGCAGUGCUGGCAGACGUACGGGUGUUAUGCGGAGCUGCUGCACAAGAUCGACCACUUUCCGCGACGCAAGGAUACGCCGGCUUAUCGGGAUUUGCAGUCGCAGCGCGAGUGGAUGGACUUUGUGUGUCGCAGCUUCGCCCAGCGGCUGGAGCGGCGGCGGAAUGUGCUGAUCACGUCGGUGCGGUUCUUCCGCCUGGUGGCUGAGUACUUCGAUCGCACGAGCGAGGUGUUUCAGUCGCUGAUUAUGGGUGAGCGGGUGGAGGAUUACGCGCUGGCCAGUGCCAAUCUGCAGAAGCUGAAUGAAAACCAACAAAUGCUUGAAAUGAUGGAGAAGGAGAUCAUCAAAGAGGGCGAAAAGCUGAGCGAUGUGUUGCUGAUGCCGGUGAAGGAUGCGGUCGGGCGUGACAUCGACGUAGACUACAGCGAAGACAUUAGCAACGUGCGCGAUAUUCUCGAUGCGACCCGGUCCCGGUCGCGCAUCUUCGCCGACAGUGUCGAGCUGCAGAAGCUGACGCUCGAUCAGAUCACGCACAUCUUCAAGUACGAGCAGGACGCCCGGACCGCGGUCAAGUGGAUGAGCGAUCUGCACCAGGUGAUGCUGCGUUCGCACGCCCAUGUCGGUGCAACGGUUCGGGAGAUCCAAUCGCAAAAGGAUGAACACCAGACACUGCAGGAGACGGCCAAGGGCACGUACAACUAUGGCUGCCAGCUGCUGAACGCGUCGCUCGCCCUGCGCCAGUCGUGCAAGCUCGAGACGGCGCAAAACAUUGCCAUGACCAAAGCGCUGCAGCGCACCUGGCGAUCCUUCCAGGCGGUGGCGCAGGAGCAGAUGACGCGGCUGCGCGUCUCGGCCGUCUUUCACCGGAGCGUCGAGGAGCAGUGCGUUAAGCUGCGCGAGCUGCACGAGUGCGUGCUGCGGAUCGGGGAGAUCGCGGAGCAGGGCCGCCGACGGGUCCGGCUGCGCAAGUAUCUGGCGACGCGCGAGCGGCUGCUGCUCGAGGUGGGCCGCAUGGUGCGGCUCGGCCGGCUGCUCAAGACGCGGCUGAAGGAACCGUUUCUCCUGGACGACCGGCUCGAUGCGAUGGCCAGUCCGGAGAAUAUCAUUACCGAAAGUGAUAACAUAAUGGCGUGCGAAGCGAUCUCGACCCGGCUGGCGGAGGUGGCCCAGGUUGCGGAAGCCCUGGACAGUGUGCUGAGCGAUGUGCAGGGCGGCUUUGACGACGAGGUGGAAGAGCUGACCAGUGCCGAUGCUGGACAGGAGGUGGCCGCCGGCAAACGCAGUGACAGUGGAAAUCAAAGUGAUGACUGGAGCUCGAGUGUAAAGUCAACGGACGAUGGAUCGUUUGUGACGGCUUCGGACUGCAUCUGUACGCCCCAGUCACGGUCCUCGUCGUACCAUACCGCCUCGGAGUGUCGUGCCUCGCCGUGGUGGGGCGUGGAGUCGAUCGAGCGGCAAAGUUCGCUCGAGAACGAUUCCGCCGAAGAUCCCGACCCGGAAGCGUUCCCCUCGAUCAAGCUGCUGUCGGGCGUGGUGAUGACUUCGAGUGCGAACCUUUCGUUCGACGAGUCGGAGCACAGCUUCCCAACGCCGGCCAUUUCGCACGGUUCGGCCAGCGUGGAUUCGGACGAUACCGUGCCGACGGUGUGCUCGCCUACGAGUGCGAUCGGGACGAGCUCCGCCUCCAGUUCCGCCCUGAACUCGAUCAAUCGGCGGGAAAAUUUGGCCCUCUCGCUGACGCCGGAAGAGCUGGAGCAGAUCGAGAACGACAUUCGGAACAACAAUCUGCUCGCGUCGGUCGGCAGCGACGGCACGGUGGAGCUGGUGGGCAAGGUCCAGGAGCUCCAGAGCACGCAGGUGACGCCGACCAGCGAGGACAGCGGGAACAUCGGGGACGCAUACUUGCAGAAAACUCGCGCAGCGCAGUGCGUCGAGCGGACACUCGCCGAAUUUGCCGACCGCCAGUCGGCCGUCAGUAAUGAGUGGGAAAGCUGGAACAGUCGACGACGCACGGAGACAACACUGAAGCAAAUCAUGGCUGCCAACAUGGAGACAUUGGCCGUAGCAUCCAAGCUGGAGGAGCAGCUGUAUCCGCUCUUCAGCACCGCCCUGGACAAUCCAGCCGAUCUGAUCGAGUUUAUCGGCCGCAAACGUACCCAGCUGCAGCAGGAUGUGCAGGCCGCUGAAGCCGAUCUGACCCAGCGCUUCGACACGAUCGCACAGCUGGAGGCGGCCGGUGCCGACCCCGGCACGGAACAGGACAUGGUGGCGGUGAAGAACAACCUGAACUCGAUCAAGACGAAGCUCCACACGCUCGGGGCCGACUUUGGCGAGCUGUCGGACGCGACCGAACACUUCCUGCGCUCGAUCCUGCAGUGCCGGGACAGCAUCCGGGAGUACUUCGGCACCAAGCAAACCGUGACCGGUCCGGGCAGUGUGGAAGCGAUCGCGGAGGGCUACGAGCAGUUCAAGCAGGCCACGAUGGAGUACUUCCGCGGGUUGCUGCAGCAGAGCGAGCAGAUCAUCGAGCGGGUGAAGGCGCUGGAACCGCCCGGAGCCCGCGAGCUCGACACGGACAAGAUCAUCACGCUGCUGGAGAACCUGCGGACGUACUUCGAGUCGCAGACCGAGUCGGAGAACUGUGAGCUGAAGAAGCAGCACAGUGUGCUGGCGUUCGAUCGUGAGCUGGGGGAGGUGCGGGCUGCGAUUCGGGCGGAGGCUGAGCGGUUGGAGCGAACCCGUGGACAGUACGGGGAGAGUGUGGCCGAGGCUCAGUCCGUCCGGGUUGCUUUCGAGGAGCGGGCAACAAUACUGCAGGAUCUUGAGCGUCGUAUCGAUGCAUUUAUUAGCUCUGGAACGGAGCUCGUACGCCAGUACCCCGAGACAAGCCCUUACAUCGAAUCGGAAACGCACAAGAUACGCAACGAGUGGACGGACUUGCUGCGCAAGCUCGAGGAGCACCGCCAGCUUCACACCAUUGCGAUCGAGUACUUCGAGCUGAUCACCAUUAUUGAAGAACAUUAUCGCACCCUGAACGCGGAACUGAUCAACGCCAACAACAAGCUCACCAUACUGAACAACGCCGACGUGGCGAACGAUCUGGUCGCGCAGGUCGACAACACGAUCCGCACGCACGAGACGAGCCAGCUGGACGCGUUGAAGAAGAUCGCCAACCUAUCGACCCAGCUGUACGGCUGCGACAAGACUGUCACCCUGUACACGGAAAACACGAAGCUCUUCCAAACGUUCUACAAAAUCAAGACGGAGGUGUACGAGCGCUCGAAGGAGCUCGGCGAGGAGCAGGCCCGUCGGGAAGAGCAGCAGCGACAGGAGCAGCUGAAGCGCGAACAAGAAGAGCAGCAGCGACAGGAGCAGUUGAAGCGCGAACAGGAGGAACUGCAACGCUUGGCACAGCUACAGCGGGAACAGGAACAGGAGCAGCAACGUUUGGAGCAAAUGCAACGGGAACAGGAACAGGAGCAGGAGCGAUUGGCACAGCUCCAACGGGAGCAGGAACAAGAACAGCAACGUUUGGAGCAACUCAAAAGAGAGCAGGAGGAAGAGCAGCUGCGACUGGAGCAGUUGAAACGCGAACAGGAACAGGAACAGCAGCGCCUGGAGCAGUUGAAGCAGGAACAGGAGCAAGAACAACUGCGCCUGGAGCAGUUGAAGCGAGAACAAGAGCGAGAACAAGAGCAGCUCCAGCGCGAGAAGGAGCUGGCAAUGCAACAGCAACAAGAAGCAACCAUUGUAGAGGAUGUCCAAAUCACCACGACAACGUCGCACGCUGGUUUGCCCCACCAGCAGCAAUCGUUUGACGUGCAGACGAUCGACGAGGAACAGUACCUGCAGGAGCCGCAAGUGCCUUUGGUCAUCCAAACGGUCGAGGAGCAGGUGCACGAGCAGAUCCACGAAGUCGUUACCACCACGUCGACACUGUCCACCGCCCAACCGGAAGCGAGUCUGCGUUUCAUGCAACCGCUGUCCGAUGUGUGCGUCCAGGAGGGUCAGCGCGUCCGGCUGCAGUGUGUAGUGGCCGGUGUUCCCGACCCAAUGAUCGAGUGGUACAAGAACGGCAUCAGUGUGCAGGGCAAUCCGGACUAUCGCACCAGCUUCGAUCCGGCCAGUGGCGUGUGUACGCUCAUGAUCGACGAAACGGUCACCGCUGACAGUGCGGACAUUCUGUGCCGUGCCGCAAACGAGGCCGGAAUUGCCGACACCACGGCUCGACUGCUGGUGACGGAAGCGCCGCCACCACCGCCCAAACCGGCCGGAACGGCACCGACGUUCACGAUGCGCCUGCUCGACGGUGGCGUUGCCCAGGAGGGCCAACCGUUCCAGUACGAUUGUGUGGUAACAGGCCAGCCGACACCGACCGUGCACUGGUACAAGGGCGAGCAGUGCGUGGACGGUUCGCCCGACUAUCGGCAGUCGUACGAGCCGGCUUCGGGCGUUGCGUCCCUGCGCAUCGAGCAGGUCUAUCUAGAGGACCAGACGCACUACACCUGCCGGGCGGUGAACGAUUGCGGCUCGGACGAAACGAGUGCGUUCCUCACGGUCAAGCCGCUGGAGCCGACCGAGUUUCCCAACUUCCCGGAACCGCUGUCCAACGUGAUGGCCCGGGUCGGCCAGAAGAUACGGCUGGAGGCGAAGGUGAGCGGUACGCCGCAGCCGGAGCUUAUGUGGACGCACGACGGCAAGCACUUCACCAACCGCGAGGUUAAAUUCUACUACGAAAACGGCCGAGCGCAAUUGGUCAUAGACGAGGCAUUCCUGAAGGAUGCUGGUGUCUACACGCUGACCGCCAAGAAUAUCGCCGGUGAACAGUGCUGCUCGUGUAAUGUGGUGGUGAAGGGUCGGCUGCCGAACGAAACCAGCGACUCGGAACUAGCAAGCGAUAUGGAGCCAGUGAAGCCCGCGGUCCAGCUGCCGCUGCGCGAUGUGUCGGUGUUCGAGGGCAAACCGGUCCGGCUGGACUGUGUGAUUGUGGGCCAGCCGGAGCCGGAAGUGAUCUGGUAUCAUGGCGAGCGGCCCGUGAAGGAAUCGAACGACUUUCAGCUGCUCUUCCAGGGCGACCGCUGCUCGCUCGUGAUCCGCGAGGCGUUCCUCGAGGAUGCGGGCGAGUACCGGGUAGUGGCUAUUAAUAGCGCGGGCGAGGCGUCGAGCCAGUGUGCGGUGCUGGUGACACCGCUCAAUACGGCCGAGCCGGCGGUCCGGCAGCCGGUCGAGCGGGUGCUGCCGGCGGUCGGUGCUCCGCCGCGCUUCGAGCGUCUGCUGAGCGACAUUCUCGCGGACGAGGGCGAGCGGGUGCAGUUUGAGUGUGCGGUCAGUGGUGAUCCGCGCCCGUCGAUCCGCUGGUACGUGAACAACCGCGAGAUCCCGACCGAUGUGGCCGUGUCGCCGCGCGUCCACUGUGUCGUGCGGGACGAUGGCGUGGUGAAGCUGAUCAUUGAGCGCGCCCUGCCCGACGACAAGGGCGUGUACACGGUGAAGGCCGCCAACGCGUCCGGCGAGGCAAAGUGCUUCUCCAACCUGAUCGUGAAGACGAUCAACGCGCCCGAGUUCGAGACGGUGCCGGCCUUCCUCACCGAGAGCCUGGUGUGUCCGACGUUCCGCGAGCUGUUUGCCGAUCGCGUGGUGCGCCAGCACGAGCCGACGAAGUUCGAGUGCAUUGUGAUUGGCAAGCCGCAGCCGAAGAUACGCUGGUUCUUCAACGAUCAGCCCGUGCAGGGGCAUGACUUCCUGGUGUCGACCAGCGGCGAUCGACAGGUGCUGACCAUCCCCGAGGUACGCCCGGAGCUGACGGGCAAGAUCACGUGUUACGCCGAGAACGAGGCCGGCAAUGCGCAGUGUGUCGCGAUCGUGCAGCUGCUCGAGCAGCUCGGCUCGGUUGGACCGGCCCCGAUGGCCACCCUGCCGGCGGCUACAACCGAAUCCAUGCAGCAGAUCGAUACGACCGGUUCGUCCUGCGUGACGCUGCAGAAGCACGUCACGACCAGCUCGACGACGAGCUCCUCCUUCUCCUCCUCAUCGAUGGUCCAGCAGAACGGAGUCGCCCAGUCGCACGCGGAGGUGCACGCCGAGUCGGCGAAGCUGGACCGUUCCUUCCACCAGGUGGGCGAUCAGCCGGCGCAGGUUGCCGAAGCGGCCGAACAUCAGCGCUACGACAAGGUGAACGAUCUGCCCGCGACUGUCCAGCACGAGGCGUCUUCGUACGUCGGGGUGGCGCCGAGCCACGAGACGAUCAUUGCCAACUCGGGCCAGAUCAGCACGGGCAAGCCGGCGCGGCGCAACAUGGCGCCACGGUUUGUGACGCCGUUCAAUGGGAAGAUCGUCGACCAGGGCGCUGACGUUAUCAUCGAGGGAAUUGUGGACGGUUAUCCAACGCCGGACGUGCGCGUGACGAAGAAUGACGUGGAGCUGCAGCCGGAUGGGGAGCGCGUCAAGGUGUCCUACUCGCUAAACAAGAUCGUGGUCGAGCUGAGGAAUGUGUCGCCGGCCGAUGCGGGCCGAUACACGGCGACGGCUUCGAAUGCGGCCGGUGCUUCGACCAGCACUGCCGAUUUGGUCGUUAAAAAGUCCAUCUUUCCGCCAGUGUUUGGCAGGCGGCUGCAGGCCCAAACCGUGCGCAACGGCGACCGGGUCGUGCUGGACGUGGAAGUGUCCGGCACGCCCGAACCGUCCGUCGCCUGGUUCAAGGACGGGCGGCCGGUGCAGGAAGCGUUCGCUCCCGGCAGCUACGCCCUGCAGCAGGUCGGGCCCUGCUUCAAGCUGAUCUUCGAGCAGGUGUCGCUGAACGGUACGGGCACGUACAUGGUGCUGGCGACGAACGCGGGCGGCGAGGCGCAAAGCACGGCCGACAUUGCCGUGCUGCAGUGUGAAAGUGCGGCCCAGCCGGCGCCCCAGCCCGCGCCCCAGAAGCAUGUCUCGUUCGUGGACAUGGUACAGCAGCAGCAGCCCCGCUCGGAGGAGGCACUCGAGGGCGAGGGCGGUGGGUUCAGUGCCCGGCAGGAGUACGCGAGCGAGGCGAAGCUGCACGGGCCGACGACGGAGUCGACGAUUGUCACCGAGACGCGCCGCACGACCGAGGCGACGAUGCGCAUGGAGCACAAGAUCAGCUUCCCCGAGCUGCCCCCGUUGCGCCUGUCGCAGCGCACGCAAACGCCCACCGUGCCGACGGUGACCGAGGGCACGAGUCCGAUGAGCGCGGCUGACCCGCCGUCGGCCGGGCAGCAACAGCAGCAGCAGCAGCAGUGCGCGGGCACCAAUACCGACCCGAUCGCGACCCGCUCGGACGCAACGCAGACAGCGCCGACGACGAUGACGGUCGACGUGCCGACGGCACCGAGCGUUCGGCUCCCAGCUCAGUCCGAAUCGAAACGGGAGAGUAGCAGCAUCAGCAGCAGCAGCAACAGCGUCACCAGCACCGUUGUGCGUGAACGACCGAAUUCGUCAUUCGAGCCACUGUUGCAGCAGCCGGCCGACGUCGGUGAACUGACCUCGGCACCACUGUUGGUAGGUUCGGAGCCGCGGCCACUCUCCCUUUUGAAGCCCCAGCCGGAAACGAUCCCGACGCCCCCGAUCGGAACGCUGUUCCAAUCGGUGGCGACCGAAGCGCCCAAGUUCCCGCUGGCCCCGCCUGGAAGCAGCAGCGUGCGGAAGCCGAGACCGGCCAGCAUGUCGGAGGUGACGCGGGCCCGCAGCACCUCGCCCCGUCCGUCGGCCGACGCCAUCGCGAUGGAGCGGCUGUGGUCGACCCCGAAGGCGUUCGGGUCGUUCGGUGCGAGGGCGGCCGACGAGCCGCCGGUGUGCCAGGUGUACCGAUCGUACCGACCGCCGCCGACCGUCUCCUCAUCUUCAUCCACUUUCACCAAGCAUAUUACUACUACUACCACUCAGCAACAGCAACAGCAACAACCACCACCACCACCACCACAACACAACUAUUCGACACUUCCGUUCGCACGCAAGCAAACGAAACCGCACCAAGAGCACAACGCCGCUAAAGCUCAUUCCGAUUCGAUUCGAUCCGAUUUUCAGCCGAUCUACCAGCAGCCCCCCCAGCCGCAGCCGCAGCCAGUGGUCAACGCACCCGCCCCGACCCAGAUGUACUCGUCCUUCUCCUCGACGCAGCAGUUCCAAGCGUCCUCGACGCUGUCGCAGCAGCAGUACUCACAGUCCUCGAUGCAGUACCAACCGUUCAAGCCGUCCCUGGCGGUGGAGGCCCCGGUGCGGGCGCCUUCUCCCGCUCCCGUGCCGACCUUUGUGCCGGCGGCGGCCGCUGCUCCACCGCCCCAGAGCUUCCCGCCGAAGAUCACUCCCUUCAAGCCGGCGCUGGCUCCUGCUGCACCGGUCGUUGCUGCUGCCCCGGCGCCAAUGUUCGCGCCAGCUGCUACCCAGCAGCCGCUGAACGUUGGCACGUCGGCUCCAGCACCGACCUGCACCUUGACGCCGAUCGCUGGCGCUACUCCGGCCUUUGUGGCUGGGCCGUCGUACAACCAGACGCCACAGCCGUUCAAGCCGCUGCCACCGCCCGCGAUUACACCCAGCUCGCUUGGUAGCGCUGCUCAGCCUUCUGUUGCUGCUGCUGCAGCAGCACCGCUGCCAACCGUCAGCCAGCCAGCGUAUGCUGCACCGCAGCCACAGCCCCAACCGCAAGCCUUUGCCGAGCCUACUGGGCCGGUCUCGCUGCCACCGUAUCAGGAGCCGCUGUCCUUCUCGUCGAAACCGGCGGUGGAGCCACUGUAUCCUGGUCAGCUGGGAGGUUAUCAACAACCACCUCAGCCUCAGCCACCACAGCAGGUACAGUACCAACAGCAGCAGGUUCAGCAGCAACAGCAGCAGCAGCAAGUGUACCAGCAGCAGCAGGUGUACCAGCAGCAACAGGUGUACCAGCAGCAGCAACAAGUGUACCAACAACAGCAGCAGCAACAAGUGUACCAGCAGCAGCAACAAUCACAGCAGCAGUACUACAUGGAGCAGCAGGACGAGGAGGUGUACAAGAAAAAGUCCGUCAAGGAAACGAAGAAGCUGUUCGAAGAGUCGCUGCUGCAGCAGCAGGCCGCGUACGGCGAGCUGAAGGCACCGCGCAUGGUCCAGGGCGUCCGUCUGCCGGUUGCGGCGGCGGCCCCACUGCCCGCCGACUUUGGGUACGGUGCGAUCGCGGAGCUGGGUCUCGAGCCAGGGCCCCAGCCGACGAUGGGCUACGCUCCGAAGGCCUCGAGUGAGCGCAAGAGCUCCUACUACCGGGAGCAGAUCGAGCAGUCCCUGCUGGAGAGCAUGGACAAGGAGCCGGAACGUGUCCCGGCCGGCGGUGUCAAGAUUAUCCCGCCCAGCCCGCGCAAGAAGUCGAAACCGGCAGCGCCGGCGGGACAAUCUGACACUGCAGGGGGAGUGCCUGCCCCACUCGAGCAGCCCGCAGAGCCGCAGCAGGGCCAGCAGGGUGCCAAGAGCCCGUUCACCGCCACCGAGAGCGAGUACGAGAGCGACAUGGACGGAGUGACUGGUGCCCGCCGCCAGAACGGCUACCUGGCCGACACGGAGGAGGUCGUGCAGAAGACGACAGCUGUCUCCUUCGAACAGCAGCAGCAGCAGCAGACGGUGCAGACGGUUGAGAGCUUCAGCAGCUCCAGCAAGGUUGAGUCACACUCGUCGGUCGUCAGUGAGGUUGUGCAGCAGCAGCAGCAGCAGCAGGUCGUCGAACAGGUUGAGCAGAAGGUGGAACAGGUUCAAGAGCAGCAACAACAACAGCAGGUGACGUCAGAAGAACAGGUACAGCAGCCACAGGAGCCGCAGCAACCAGCGCAGCAGUCCGAGGAAGUGAUCAUCUCGUCGUCGGAAACCGUCCAGAAGGAAACAACGGUUGAGGAGAGCAAGAGCAACUUCCUGGUCAACAACGAUCUGCCGGAGGACUUGCAGCCGGUGAAGGUGCUGCCAACGGAGGAGCCACUGCCAACGCUCAAGCAUGUGCCUGUUCCGGCCGCCGUACAGCCCGUCCCAGAGCCGGCCCCAGUGCCCGAGCCGACCCCGGUGGAACCAGCACCGCAGCAGCUGCAGCAACCAUUGCCGCAACAACCACAACCCGAACCGAUUGCUGCGACUCCGGUGCAGCAGAACGGCUAUCCGACGCCCAGCCCGGCCCAGCCGUUCCUGUCGGACUACGAGAGUGAUGCCGCGGCUCCGUCGCUGGCGGGCUACAAGCCGGUCCAUCCGGUGUUUGCGCCGCCGAAGCAGGAGUUCGCCACGGGUUCGGCUGCACCGCCACCGUCAGUAUUCGACCCUAUCGACAAGAUUCAAGCGAGCCAAAUCAGCGCCCCAGCGGACGCACCAAAGAUCGAGAAGCCAAAACCAAUCAGCUACGUUCAGCAGCAGCAGCAGCAGCAGCAGCAAUACCAGUCGUACCAGCAACAGCAGACCUCCUCCUUCCAGCAGCAGCAGACCUAUCAGCAGCAAUCGUACCAGUCGGUGCAGCCGCCAGUGCAGCAGUCGUUCCCGCCGGCGGUGCAGUCGAUGCCGGCCCAGUACUACACCUCGGUCACCGGCCAGCCCGUCACCAACACGAUCGAGACCACCAACUCGCUGCAGAUGAAGGAGAUGACCGAGAGCAGCAACCGGGUGCUGAACAUGCAGCAAACGAAGCAAACUGCCUACUUGCAGCGACCGGGACGCUUUACGCCGGGCGAAUAUCGCGACAGCGAUGGGUACGACAGCGAUGGCAACCGCAUCCGUCCCCUCUGGACGCCGAACCCGUCCGACAGCGAUGAGCCGCACUAUCGCAGCGUGCGGCCGAACUUCCAGCAGCCGCGCUCGACGAGCCUGCCGCGCCAGUACGAGCGCAUCCAGACGCCGAUGGAGUUCGACACGCUGCCGGUGCAGAUGCCGACCAAGAUCGAGCUGUCGGCGGGCGGGGUGGAGUCGAGCCACCAGCGCAGCAGUUCGCUGUCGCGCCAGAGCACCGAGAUCCAGACGACCACUACAAUGACGACGGAAACGCUCAAGACGCAAACGCUGGACCGGUACGCGUCGAAGCGGAUGGCGACGGCCCCGGUGUCGAACUCGCGCGAUGACAUGGCGGUCAAGGCGCACCGGGUCGCGCCCAUCAACUACAUCCAGAAGCAGGCGGACGGUAUGGCCCAGUCGUUCAAGACGAAGGCGUACCAUUUCAACAACGAGGUCAUGACGGACAUCAAGAAGACGCCGAUCAAACCGAUCCUGAAGAACGCGUACGGUGCCCCGAUGCCACAGCAGCAACAGAUGGCACCGCCACAGCAGCUGCAGCAGCAGCAAGGGUCGGCUGUCCCACCGCAGGUCUACCGGGAAGAGUCACGAGUAUCGCAAUAUGAAGCAUCAUUCCACUGCUACAAGGAGCUAAAACCGAACGGACAGCCAACGGCAUCAACCCACGACGGCACCAAUGGAACGAACGUCGUCCGCACGGUGCUGGAGGAAACGGACACGAUCGAGAAGACGUACCGAUCCAUUUGCCUCAUACAAACAUGCGAAGUGCAACAGCAGCAUGGUGGCUUCAUUCAGCAGAGCGCUACACCGCUGGCAUCGAUCACGCCCGGUCUGCAGACACCAACUGGAGGUGCUCCGUUCCAGCAACAGCAGCCGCAGCAGCAAGUGCCGCUGCAGCCGCAGCCAACGUACGGCAUGGCGGCCCCAACGCCCGUCCCUGCCGGCGCCCCUACCGGCGACUACUCGCCGCCGGUCUUCGAACAGAUCUUCAAGAACUCGCGCUUCGCCCAGGGCGGCAACGCGCUGUUCGAGGGCAAGCUGAAGGGUAAUCCCCGGCCGGAGGUUUCGUGGACUCGAAAAGGCGCACCCCUUCUCGACUCCGCGAAGCACCGGCUGAGCUACAACCCGGGCACCGGGGCCGUCUCGCUGAUGAUCAACCAGAUCGGACCGGGCGACGAGGGCGAGUACACGUGCAAGGCGCGCAAUGCGGUCGGCGAGGCGAUCUGCUCCGUGUUCAUCCAGCCGGAGGGCAUGGCGACGCCGCAGUUCCAGCAGGUACGCCGCGAACAGCAGCAGACCGUCGUUAAACAGCAGCAGCAGUACACCAACGGGUACUCGCACGUGGAGGAAGAGUUCAAGGUGGACACGUUCGAGUAUCGUCUGCUGCGCGAAACGUCCUACAGGGAGUCGAUCACGCGGCGCUACGCCGGCGAAACGGACGCGCAGCUCAUCACGACGGUCGAUCGUGCGCUGGGACCGGCCACGGCCCCCCAGAUCGGUCAGAAGCCGCGCAACUCGAAGCUUUCGGAAGGUUCCGAUGCGGUGUUCAGCACGCGUGUGCUUGCUAAUCCGCGUCCGCGUCUGUCCUGGUUUAAGGAUGGGCAGCGCAUCAUCCCGUCGGCGGACAAGUACGAGGUUAGCUACUCGAACCAGCAGGCCAUGCUGCGCAUCAAGAAUGUGAACGCGCGCGAUUCGGGCCAUUACACGCUGCUGGCCGAAAAUCCGCAGGGAUGUCAGGUGUCGUCGGCAGUGCUGGCGGUCGAGCCGGCCCAGGAGCAGGUGGCUGUGGAGCGUGCUACUUCCUUCUCGGAGCAGCAGCAGCAUCAGCAGUUCCAGCAGCACCAGGUCAUUGAGACUUCGACCGAAGCAACGAAAGCGCUGUCGCCGUCGUUCAUGACGCUGAUCCAGGACGCGGAGACGACCGAGGGCAAGAUGGUACGGUUCGAUUGCCGCGUGACCGGUCGUCCGUAUCCGGAGGUGGCCUGGUACAUUAACGGCAACCUCGUGACGGACGAUGCGACGCACAAGAUCCUCGUCAACGAGGCCGGCAAUCAUUCGCUGAUGAUUACGAGCACGAACCGCUUCGACCAUGGCAUCGUGACGUGCGUGGCGCGCAACAAGAGCGGUGAGGUGGCGGCCCAGGCCAAGCUGGUCGUGUGCGAGCGCGAGCAGGUCGUGGCGCCGAAGUUCGUCGAGCGCUUCACCACGGUCAACGUGAAGGAGGGCGAACCGGUGCGACUGUUUGCGCGUGCCAUUGGUACGCCGCUGCCGCGCAUCACCUGGCAGAAGGAUGGCAUUCCGCUCGUCCCGGGACCGGAGGUGCAGAUCUGCAACGACGAGAACGGCUGCACGACCGUGGACAUCCCGCGGGCGAAGGCGUCCGAUGCGGCGUGGUACCAGUGCACGGCACAGAACGUGGCCGGUACGACGGCAACCCGCGCUCGGCUGUUUGUCGAAGCUCCGAAGGGACCGGAGCCGGAGCAGAAGCGUCUCAAUCUGCCACGCCCAACGAAGGUCAUUCAGCCGGAGGCUGUUCCGGAACCGGAAAUUAUCUACUUGCGCCAUGUGGAGCGAGCUGCUCCGCAUGCGCCACCGAAGGAGGAGGAACGCACCUAUCCGCCACCGAAGUUCAUCGUGCCGCUGAGCGACGUUGCACAGGUUGAGGGUGGCAAGGUGCACUUCGAGGCGCGCAUUGAGCCCGUCUCCGAUCCUUCGAUGCGUGUGCAGUGGUUCCUGAAUGGCAAUCUGAUCCAAGCAAGUUCGCGUGCAAACACGACCUUCCAGUUUGGUUUCGUAGCGCUGGAUCUGCUGACGAUCGUGAUGGAGGACAGCGGUGAGUAUCUGUGCCGUCUGUCCAGCUCGACGGGAGUGGCGGAGUCGCGCGCCAUGCUGAGCGUGCAGCCACGCCCACCGAUCGAGCAGCAAACGCAGCACCCAUCGUCGCUGGAUCAGAUCCAACAUCUCGAGGACUACUCCAAGUACGUGCGUACCGAGAGCAUCGAGGAGGUCGUCAACCAGAGGCCAGGCUUCACGCGUCCGCUGCAGGACUUGGGUGAGCUGGAGGAGGGUCGCAAUGCGCACUUUGAGGCGCAGAUCACGCCGGUCAGCGAUCCGACAAUGCGCGUCGAGUGGUACAAGGAUGGACGCCCGAUCACGGCCAGUUCGCGUAUCACGGCCAUCUUCAACUUUGGCUAUGUUUCGCUCAACAUCAUGCAUCUGCGGGCGGAAGACGCCGGCACGUACACGGUGCGAGCGGUCAACCGCAUUGGCGAAGCGAUCAGCACGUCGAAGAUUUCCGUCGUCAGCAAGGCGCCGGUUACCGGGGAUUUGGGUAUCCAGGAGCAGCGCAACUACAUCCAGAAGAUUGAGGAGCUGGAACAGUACCAAAAGUACCAGAACAUGAAGUUCUACGAGGAGACGCCGGAGAGCACGCAGCGCCCGGAGUUCAAGAGCCCCAUCUCGGAUCAGUUGAAUGUGCGGGAGGGUGGCUUUGCGCACUUUGAGGCGCGUCUGGAGCCGGUCGGUGAUGCAACGCUGCGCGUCGAGUGGCUCAAGGACGGUCAUCCGGUGGAGGCGAGCUCGCGCAUCACGUCGUUCUGUAACUUUGGAUACGUGGCGCUGACGAUCAAGCAGGUUACGGUGCACGAUGUCGGCACGUACACGUGCCGUGCGUACAACUCGCUGGGUGAGGCGCACGUUUCGGCUAAGUUGACGGUGCUGACGCGCCAGGACAUCAUUGUCGACUCGCAGACGAGCCACAUGGGCAUGGAGAAGAUCCAGUAUCUGGAGGAUUCGUCCAAGUACAUGCGUACCACUCAGGAACAGGUUGAGCAGGUGGUACAGCCGCAGCCACGCUUCUUGGGGCCGCUUAAGGGUACGAACCGCAUUGUCGAGGGACAGCGUGCUCACUUUGAGGCACGUCUGGAACCGCAAUCGGACCUCACGAUGCGUGUUGAGUGGUACCACAAUGGUCGUCCGCUGAUGAGCGCUAAUCGCAUCCAGACGUACCACGACUUUGGCUACGUUGCGCUGGACAUUUUGGACGUUCGUGCGGAAGACUCGGGCACCUACACGCUGGUAGCAGCGAACGCGGCCGGACAGGCGCAGGUUGAAGCCACCAUGGUGGUGGAAACUCGUGCCGCUAUCGAUACGACCAGCAUGCACCACGUUGUGGAACGUUCGCAGCAGAAGGUGGAAAAGCAGUUCGUGGAGCCGCAGUACCAGGUGGAGGAGCUGUGCAAGUCGAAGCCGAUCUUCACGCAGCCACUGUCCGAUCCCCAGCCGGUCGGCGAGGGACGCAACAUCCAUCUGGAGUGCAAGCUGGAACCGCUCGGUGAUCCGACGAUGCGCGUCGAAUGGUACCAGAACGGGCGCCCGAUAACGGUCGGCUCGCGCUUCAAGACGUACUACGACUUUGGCUUCGUAGCGCUAGACAUUCUGCACUCGACGGCGGCCGAUUCCGGCGAGUACACGGUGCGCGCCACGAACCAGCUCGGAUCGGCCCACACGUCGGCCUGUGUACGCGUCAUCACGCGCUCGGACAUCAUUACCGAGGCGCAGAGUGAAAUGUCCGUCGAGCAGAUGCAGUAUCUGGAGGACGCGUCGCGCAUGAGACGCGAUGUGCUCGAGGACAUUACCGUGAUGUCGCCGCCCCAGUUUGCCCGCUCGCUGCACAACGUGGAAACGUUCGAGGGCACCAACAUUCAUCUGGAGUGCCGUCUGCAGCCCGUCGGUGAUCCGUCGAUGCGCGUGGAAUGGUUCGUGAACGGAAUGCCUGUCAAGAUUGGGCAUCGCUUCCGACCAGCGUACGAGUUCGACUACGUUGCGCUCGAUCUGCUCGGUGUGUAUGCGGCCGAUUCGGGCGUGUACACGUGCCAGGCGCGUAACUCGCUCGGCGAAGCGGUUACCUCCUGCUCGGUGCGCAUCAUGGCGAAGAAGGACCUGAUCCUGGAGUCGCAGUAUCCGGCCGGUCUGGAGAAGCUGCAGUAUCUGGAGGACAUUUCCCGGUACCGCAAGACCGAGUACGUCGACGAGAUCGUGAACGUGAAGCCGCGCUUCCUGACCAAGCCGAAGAACAUCGACCGGGCGCAGGAAGGUGGUCAUGCGCACUUUGAGUGCAAGCUGGAACCGGUGACGGAUCCGAAUCUGAAGGUGGAAUGGUACAAGAACGGUAUGCCGAUCACCGUCGGUCAUCGAUUCCGUCCGAUCCAUGACUUUGGAUAUGUGGCGCUCGACAUCAUCGAUCUGAUCGCGGAGGAUACUGGCACUUACAUGUGUCGGGCCGUGAACUUGGUCGGUGUGGACGAGAUUGCCGUGCAGUUGUCGUGCCGCGGAUCGCAGCAGAUCCUCACCAACACCCAGAACGAGAUGGGACUGGAGCAGAUCCAGUAUCUGGAGGAGAAGACGCGCCAGCAGCGCUCGGACUAUCUGGACGAGAUGACGACGCAGGCACCAACCUUUACGACCUCGCUGAAGCACAUCGAGAUCAAGGAGGGUCAGCGCGCUCACUUUGAGUGUCGUUUGAUCCCUGUUUCCGACCCGACGUUGCGUGUCGAGUGGUACCACAACGAAGCGCCCGUCAAGACGGGUUCGCGCUUUACCGAAACGAACAACUUUGGUUUUGUCGCGCUGGACAUUAUGGGCUGCCUGGCCGAUGAUUCCGGUACCUACACGUGCCGUGCGGUGAACGCGCUGGGUGAAGCCGUCACGUCGGCUACCUGCGUGGUGCACACGCGCAAGAGCAUCUACUCGGAGUCGCAGCAUGAGCAUGCGCUGACGAGUUUGCGCUAUCUGGAGGACAACUCGCGCUACCAGCGUGACACGGAGGUGGAUGAGGUGAUUACGCAGGCACCAGUCUUUACGCUGCCGGUUAAGGACGUGAAGGUGGCCGAGAACCAGGCCGUACACUUUGAAGCUCGUCUUGUGCCGGUCGGUGAUCCGAAGAUGCGCGUCGAGUGGCUGCGCAAUGGAGUCCCAAUUGAGGCGUCCAACCGCACCACGACCAUGCACGACUUUGGUUACGUUGCGCUGAACAUGAAGUACGUCAACCCGGAGGACUCGGGCACGUACACAUGUCGUGCGACGAACGAACUUGGCCAGGCGGUCACCUCGGCGAAGCUGGUCGUCCAGUCGAAGGCUUCGCUGGAUCUGGAAACGCAGAACGAGAGCGCACUGGAGAAGAUCCACCAGCUCGAGGACGCGAUCCGAUUCCAGCGCCGCGAGGAGGAAGAUGUCGCCGUUACGGUGCCGCCAAAGUUCACGACGAAGCUGCACGGUCCGACCAAUCUGGUGGAGGGCCAGAGCGCUCACUACGAGUGCCGCAUCGAGCCGUAUCCGGACUCGAGCCUGAAGGUGGAAUGGUUCCACAACGGACAACCGCUCACGACCGGCCAUCGGUUCCGCACGACGUACGACUUUGGCUUUGCCGCGUUGGAUGUGCUGACGGUGUACGCCGAAGACUCGGGUGAGUACACGUGCCGCGCCACGAACCAUCUGGGCUCGGAAACGUCCUCGAUUGCGCUGAACGUUACCCCGAAGGCGGGCAUUGUGCGCGAGACGCAGCACGAGGGAGCCCUGGAGAAGAUCCAGUACCUGGAGUGCGACGCACGCUUCGGUCGCAAGGGCGAGGACGAGAUGUACGUAGCGGAGAAGCCAGCUUUUGGCCGACCGCUCAAGAAUGCCAGCGUCGGCGAGGGCCUGCCGGUGCAUCUGGAGGCGACACUGACGCCGGUGAACGAUCCGACGAUGAAGGUGGAAUGGUACUGCAACGGGCGCCCGAUUCAGCAGGGCCACCGGUUCAAGACGACGUACGACUUUGGUUUCGUAGCUCUCGACAUCCUUUAUGCGCACGCUGAGGACACGGGUACUUACAUGUGUAAGGCUAAGAAUGCAAUUGGAGAGGCUGUUACGACAUGCGCUGUAAAAGUCACAGCAAAUGCCGGACUAUAUUUGGAGACGCUUGAUGAACAGCGGCUGCAAAAGAUUAAGGAACUGGAGAGCUACCAGAAACCACAAACGCAGGAAGUUGAACCGGCCAAGCAGAAGCCAGUCUUCCUCACUCCGCUGACGAGCCUGGAGAAUCUGAAGGAAGGCGACUACGCCCACCUGGAGUGUCGCGUCGAACCGAUCAACGAUCCGAACCUCAAGAUCGAGUGGUUCAUCAACGGCAAGGCGAUCCGCGCAGGACAUCGCUUCCGCACGACGCACGAUUUCGGCUACGUCGCGCUCGACAUCCUGUACGUCUAUGGCGAGGACAGCGGCACGUACAUGUGCAAGGCCACCAACCAGGUCGGUGAGGCGGUCAGCACGUGCAACAUUCGCGUCACCAACAAGCGCAACAUCAUCUUCGACUCGCAGCAUCCGGACGGGCUGGAAAAGAUCCAGAAGCUGGAGGCGCACUCGCGCCCCAACCGUCUCGAGCUGGACGAGCCGGAAGUGACGGCACCGCGCUUCGUAACGGAGCUGCGCGGCACGACCGAAAUUCACGAGGGCCAGACGGCUCACUUCGAGGCGCAGGUUGAGCCGAUCCACGAUCCGAACCUGCGCAUCGAGUUCUACCACAAUGGAAAGCCACUGCAGUCGGCUUCCCGGUUCCACAUCACGUUCGACUUUGGAUACGUCGCGCUCGACAUCCAGCACGUUGUGGCGGAGGACGCGGGCGAGUACACGGUCAAGGCCAUCAACGCGAAGGGCCAGUGCAAGUCGUCGAUCAAGAUGCAGGUGACGGCGAAGGGAGCGAUCAUCUCCGACACGCAGCAUCCGGAGGGUCUGGACAAGAUCAAGCAGCUCGAGGGCGCCAGUCCAUUCCGUCGCCCGGAGGUGCAGGAUGCGGUCACGAAGCAGCGUCCGGUGUUUACGCAACCACUGCAAAACAUCGACUACGUUGCGGAGGGCCAGACGGCACACUUCGAGUGCCGCCUGAUCCCGGUCGGCGAUCCAAACCUGCGCGUCGAAUGGUUCCGCAACGAGCAGCCGCUCGAGGAUAGUUCGCGCAUCACGAAGCAGCACGAUUUCGGAUUCGUGUCGAUGGAUCUGCAGCACGUGCGCGAGGAAGACGAGGGCGUGUACAUGUGCCGUGCGAUCAACCCGCUCGGUGAGGCCGUCACGACCGCCUCGAUGCGGGUGCGCACCAAGGCAAGCAUCCAGAUGGAUUCGCAGCACCCAGAGGGCAUGAAGAAGAUCAUCGCGCUGGAGCAGCCGCACCAGCAGCGGUCGGAGGACCAGGAGGCAGCGUUCGAGAAGCCCAUCUUCACGCAGCUGCUGACUGGACCGUCGGAGCUGUGGGAGGGUCAGCACGCCCACUUCGAGGCGCGUGUGGUGCCGGUCGGUGACGCUAGCAUGAAGUACGAAUGGUACGUGAACGGCGUCGAGCUGAAGAUGGGCUCACGCUUCCGCACUACGAACGACUUUGGAUUUGUCACGCUGGACAUCAACUCGGUCGUCGCAGAAGACUCUGGUGUGUACAUGUGCAAGGCUAUUAACCGCGCUGGAGAGGCCGUCUCAUCGACCACGAUGAAGAUCAAGUCGAAGGCAUCGAUUGCGGGCGAACCGCUGCUGCCGGAAGCUUGGGAGAAGAUCCAGCUGAAGGAAGCCGCCAUGAACCGUGUGCCGGAUAUGUUCGUCGACACGACGCCCCAGCAGGCGCCAGUCUUCACCACCCAUCUGGAAAGCCACGACAAGCUGCAGGAAGGCCAGCACGUCUAUCUGGAGGCUCAGGUGGAGCCACGUGCCGAUCCGAACCUGCGCAUCGAAUGGUUCAAGAACGGUAUCGCCAUCACGACCGGUGCGCGUAUCCGCAGCACGUUCGACUUUGGACUUGUGACGCUGUCGAUCAACGGUCUGCGCGCGGAUGACUCUGCCAUCUACACCUGCAAGGCUACUAACAAUCUUGGCGAAGCCGUGUCUACCGCUACGCUCAAGAUUGACGCCAGCCACUGGCUGCUCGGAGACACGAUGCACCCCUCGUCGGUGCAGAAGAUCCAGGAUCUGGAGGCACCGCGCAUGAACCUGCGCGACGUGCCGGAGGAUCAGUUCGAGUCGCCCGUCUUUGUGGACCAUCUGAACAACGUGGAGAUCAAGGAGGGCGAAAACGCUCACUUCGAAUGCCGCGUGGAACCGUCCAAGGAUCCGACGAUGCAGAUCGAAUGGUUCGUCAAUGGAAAGCCGCUGCCGACUGGCGCUCGCUUCAAGACUACCUACGACUUCGGCUUUGUCUCGCUGGAUCUGACUGGCGCGUAUGCCGAGGAUUCGGGUAUCUACACGUGCAAGGCCACCAACAGCAAGGGAUCGGCAUCGACCUCGGGUUCGUUGCGUUGCGCCAGCACCACCACGAUGUAUCUGGACACGCAGCACCCGCAGGGUAAGGCCGGUCUGGAGGCGGUACAGGACACGGAAGCGGCAUUGGCCAACCGAUACCGCCGCCAAGAGUCCAAGCCGGAGUCUGCCUUCCCGAAACCACAGUGGACGGUACAGCUGCAGUCGGAGUUCCGGCUGAACGAGGCGGAAGCACUGCAUCUGGAGGGCCAGGUCGAGCCAAAGGACGAUCCUAAUCUGAAGAUCGAAUGGUACUUCAACGGUAAGGUGCUGGAGCAUGGUUCGCGCUUCAAGAUGACGAGCGACUUCGGUUUCGUUACGCUCGACCUGACGGAGGUGUACGAGCGCGACCAGGGCAUCUACACGUGCAAGGCAUACAACCAGGCCGGUGAAGCGUUCACCUCUUCGACCGUGUACUGCGUGACGAAGGAAAGCCUCAUCGAGCGUACCCAGCAUCCGAAGGGUACGGAGGGACUGGAGAAGAUCCAGGAUCUGGAGGACUCGCUGCGCCGCCCAGAAGGUGGAGAGGCCGAAUCCGACGCUGGACAUGCGCCACGCUUCACGUCCGAGUUCGUCAAGCUCACGAACGUCGGGGAGGGUGAGAUUGCUCACUUCGAUGCGACGCUCAUUCCGACCGGCGAUCAGUCGAUGACCAUCGAGUGGCUGUACAAUGGCAAGCAGCUGGAGGCAAGUCACCGCGUCCGCACGGUGUACGCCUUCGGUAUGGUGGUGCUGGAGAUCCUCGGCACAAAGAUCGAGGACUCGGGCAGCUACACGUGCCGCGCCACGAACCGCUGGGGCACGGCCGAGAUCAGUGUUGACCUGGAGUGUGUCGAUAAGUCGGCUGGACAGAAGCCACGCUUCACCACGCAGCUCCAGUCGCUCGAGGGCCUGAAGGAUGGUCAAUCCGCUCACUUCGAGUGCACGCUGGUGCCGGUGAACGACCCGGAUCUGAAGGUGGAAUGGUUCCACAACGGCAAGCCGAUGCGCCACUCGAACCGCAUCAAGCCCGUGUCCGACUUUGGCUACGUGCUGCUGGACAUUGCGUACGUGCAGAGCCACGAUUCGGGCGAGUACGUGUGCCGUGCGUCGAACAAGUACGGCGAGGAUACGACCCGUGCCACGCUCAAGUGCUUCGGCAAGGGUGGUGUGUACCUGGAGUCGCUGCAGCCCGAUUCGCUAGCCCGCAUUCGCGAGCUCGAGAGUCAGUCGGGUGCGAAGCAGACGGCGGCAGGAUCGCCAGUUGGCGAGGCACCACGCUUCACCACGAAGAUCAGCGACAUCACCAAGCUGGUGGAGGGCCAGAGCGCUCACUUUGAGGCGCGCCUGACGCCCAUCAACGAUCCCGAGCUGGUGGUGGAGUGGUACUGGAAUGGACAGAAGCUGCCGCACGGCCAUCGCUACCGCACGUUCCACGAUUUCGGAAUUGUUAUCCUCGACAUUCUGUACUGCUACGAGGAGAACUCGGGCGAGUUUGAGUGCCGCGCGACGAACAAGUACGGCUCGGACAGCACCAAGGCGACGCUGCGCUGCAUCUCCAAGGCUAACCUCAUUCUGGACUCGCAGCUGCCCCGUGGAAUGGAGGGCGGACUCGAGAAGAUCCAGACGCUGGAGGAUUCGCUGAUCCGUACGCGCGACGAGCGCGAACGUACCGAGGGUGGACGUGCGCCAGUCUUCACCACUCCGCUGUCGAACAUCGAUUCGCUGCGGGAGGGUGAGAGUGCUCACUUUGAGGCGAAGCUAACGCCGACCGACGAUCCGAAGCUGAAGGUCGAAUGGUUCUGGAACGGCAAACCACUCAAGACGGGCUCGCGCUUCCGCACGUUCUGCGACUUUGGAUUCGUUAUCUUGGAAAUCUCGCCGGUAUAUCCCGAAGACUCGGGUGAGUACUCGUGCCGUGCAACGAACGAGUACGGCGAGGCCGUUACUACCUCGACCAUGCGUGUGCAGGGCAAGCGUAGCAUCAUCUUGGAAUCGCAGCUGCCCAAGGGCAUGGAGAGCACGAUCGAGCGUAUCGCCGAGCUGGAGGGCCUGGGAAUUCCGCACGGAGGACUUGGCUCGCCGGACGAUGACACUGGCAAGCCGCCGGAGUUUAUCACCACCCCGUCGGACAUGACGCUGACGGAGAAUUCGCUGGCCCACUUCGAGUGUCGCCUGACGCCGAUCAACGAUCCGAGCAUGCGCGUCGAGUGGUACCACAACGGUAAAGCGCUGUGGGCCGGUUCGCGCAUCAAGACGAUCAACGACUUUGGCUUUGUGAUUCUGGAGAUUGCGGGCUGCUAUCAGCGUGACUCGGGACUGUACACGUGCAAGGCGACAAACCGCCACGGCGAGGCGACCGUUUCGUGCAAGCUGACCGUGCGUGGUCGUCAGGGCAUCAUCAUGGAGCCACAGCUGCCGUCGAACUUCCGCACUGGCACGGAGAGCAUCCAGAAGCUGGAGGAGCAGCUGCACAAGCGCGAGGAGCUGAUGGCCGACGAGGAGGAGGGCCGUCCGCCGAAGUUCGUUGUCGAGAUCAAGGACAACGUGGACGUGGCUGAGGGUGGUCCGGUGCACUUUGACUGUCGCGUCGAGCCCGUGGGUGACUCGUCGCUGCGUAUCGACUGGUACCACAAUGGCAAACCAUUCGCAACUGGUUCGCGUGUGCAUAUGCUGAACGAUUUCGGCUUUAUUGCGCUGGACAUGGACUACGCGUACGUGCGCGAUUCCGGUGUGUAUGAGUGCCGAGCGACCAACAAGUGGGGUACGGCUUCGACGACCGCCAAGGUGACUGUGGUUGCCCGUGGUGGUAUCGUGCUGGACUCGCAGCUGCCCGAGGGUAUGACGGCUUCCAAGCUGAAGGAGCUGGAACGUGGCAAGGUGACGCUGGCCACGCAGGAAGAGCGCACCUUCGGACCGCCCAAGUUCGUGUCGCAGAUUCAGUCGGCCACGAUCGAUGAGGGCGAAACGAUUCGCUUCGAGUGCCGCGUUGAGCCGAAGGAAGAUCCGAAGCUGCGCGUGGAAUGGUUCCGCAACGGCAAACCACUGCCAAGUGGUCACCGUUACCGCACGAUCUACGAUAUGGGCUUCGUGUCGCUGGACAUUCUGUCGGUGUACACGGAGGAUGCGGGUGACUACACGUGCCGCGCGUACAACGAACACGGCGAGGAUGUGACGAAGGCACACAUCAGCUGCAAGAAGUUGCCGUCGAUUGUGCUGCAGAACCAGAUCCCGAAGGGCAUGCAGAAGUCGGAGACGCUCAUGCAGAUGGAGGCAACGAUCAAGAAGUACACCGAGGAGAUCUUCCUCACCGAGGACGAUCUGUUCGAUCCGGACCGCAAGCAGCCGCCGCGCUUCGUCGUGCAGAUCAAGGACCAGACCAACCUGGUGGAGAUGCAGGCGACCAAGUUCGAGUGCCAGCUGGCCCCGGUCGGCGAUCCGGACAUGAAGGUGGAAUGGUUCUACAACGGCAAACCACUGCCGUACAAGAACCGUUUCACGCCGAUCUACGACUUUGGUUACGUUGCGAUGAACUUUGGCUGGAUCUAUCCGGAAGACAGCGGCGAAUAUCUGUGCCGUGCCACAAACCUGUACGGUAUGGACGAGACGCGCGCCAUCAUCAAGACGACCGGCAAGCCAGGCAUCGUCUACGACUCGCAGCUGCCAAAGGGCAUGAAGAGUAUCCAGAAGAUCCGCGAAAUGGAAGCCUUGUGGAACUUGAACAUCCCCGAGGUCAUCGACGAGACGCAGAAGCCCAAGAAGGAACCAGCUUUUGUCAGCCGCCCGGAUUCGAUCGAGGUCGAGGAAGGUGAAUGGGCACGAUUCUGCUGCCGUGUCACCGGACAUCCGAAGCCGCGCGUCAUGUGGCUCAUCAAUGGACACACCGUUGUCAAUGGUCAACGCUACAAGCUCACCUAUGAUGGCAUGUAUCACUUCGAUAUACCGAAGACGCGCCAGUACGAUACCGGCAAGAUCGAGGUCAUUGCCCGCAGCUCCGUCGGUGAGGCCGUUGCUAGCUGUGAGCUGAAGAUUACGCCCCGCCGCGACGACUACCGCGGUGUGCUGAAGAACUCGCCACGACCAUGGUACGACUACGAUCUAGUCGCUUAUCAGAAGGGCCGUGUAGAGACGGAUCUGGAGGCGACGCUGCAGGAGGAGAAGAAGAAAAAGCGCAAGGUCGUGCAGAAGGCGAAGACGAAGAAGGAGGGCGAAACCGAAUGGCAAAAGACGGUCAAGCAGAAGAAGGGCGAGGAGUACUACAGCAAGCUGGCGGAGUUGGAAACCGAGCAGCUGACAAAGGAGCAAAAGAUGCGCGAAGAGAAGCAUCAGUUUGCGAUCCCGGGCGAGAAGGUUGUCAGUCAAUCGAUCGCCAAGGGUAUGGCAAGUGCCUACGAGCAGACGCUGGAGGAAACGAAGGAGAGCGAAAACGUGGAACUGAUUGACGCUCCCAAGAAGAAGCUGAUCCCGGAGCCAACGGAAACGUCCGUCCAGGGCAAGGAGGUGCACAUCUCGCAGCAGAAGCAAACGCAAAAGGAGGUGUACGAUGACAAGGAGAUCAUUCGUAAGAUCACUGCCACCGAGACGACCGAGAUGGAGCACAAGGGUACGACGCAGGAGCGCGUGGUGGAGGGCCCGGUACAGCCGACCAAACCGCCCGUCUUUACGCGCAAGAUCCAACCGUGCCGGGCGUUCGAGAACGAGCAGGCCCGCUUCGAGGUCGAGUUCGACGGUGAGCCGAUGCCGACGGUCAAGUGGUUCCGCGAGAACUUCCAGAUCAACAACUCGGCCGACUUCCAGAUCCACACGUUCGGCACCAAGUCGGUGCUGAUCAUCCGCCAGGUGUUCCUCGAGGAUUCGGCCGUAUUUGCCGUAAUUGCGGAGAACCGCGGUGGAACUGCCAAGUGCAGCGCCAACCUGGUGGUCGAGCAGCGCCGACAGCAGGGCCGUGGUGGAGUCAUUCCGCCCAGCUUCGUAAGCACCAUCAGCGACACGACGGUAACGGCCGGUCAGUUGGCCCGCUUCGAUGCGAAGGUCACCGGUACGAAGCCGCUCGAUGUGUACUGGCUGAAGAAUGGCCAGAAGCUGGCGCCGAACAUCAAGUACAAGAUGCUCGAGGAGGACAACAACUACACGCUGCUGAUCAUCGAGGCGUACGCGGAGGACGGUGCGAAGUAUGAGUGUGUGGCCAUUAACGGAGCCGGCGAGGCACGGUGCGAUGCGGUCUGUACGGUGGACACACCGGUGACGCCGAUCAUCGAGAAGCCGGCCACACCCGGCACGGAGCGUCCACCGACGCUGGUCGAGCCGCUGAAGGACAAAACCGUGCCCGAGGGACAGUCGGUCGAGUUCCGGACGCGUGUGACCGGCAAACCGACGCCCACCGCCCAGUGGUUCAAGGGUGACAAGCAGAUCAAACCGUCCAAGUACUUCCAGAUGGGCAAGGAUCGGGAUGCGUUCACGCUGAUCGUUACCGAGGCGUUCCCGGAGGACGAGGGCCAGUAUCUGUGCAUUGCUUCGAACCCGGGCGGUGAGGUGCACACGACCGCCACGCUGAAGGUGGUCGCGCCCGAGAUGCCCGACGCCGGUCCGAAGCUGAGCGAGAUGAAGGACUGCCUGGUGGAGGAGGGUUCGCCGGCCCAGUUCAAGACGACCAUCGUCGGCAAACCGACCAAGAUGACCGUCCAGUGGUUGCGCGAGGGUCUGCUGAUUCCGGAGUCACCCGAUUUUCAGAUGAUCAACGAAGGUAACAACGCGGUGCUGCUGAUCGGGACGACCUACGAGGAAGACUCCGGUACCUUUACCUGCCGCGUGACCACGUCCGCCGGACAGGUCGAAACGUCCGCCAAACUGAUAGUCAAAAAGCGUCGAAAGCAGCUGCGACAGGUGCACGGUGCUGCUGGAGUUCACCUCCAACAGCAACAGGAUGUGCAACCGACACAGCAAUUUUCGUCAUCGACCACCUCUGCGACUGCUCAACAGCUGAGCGAUACAUCGUACGAUAGUAGCACCGGUACGAGCGAAGUUGACACCGAGUUCGUCCCGCAGGGUGAUGAAAAUUUGCCAUGGAGACGAUCUCGAAGCCUAUCGCGAGGGCCGACCACUGAGGCUGUUGCUCCAUGGCGGCGUGCCUCGCAAGAUCGACGUACGUCCCGCGAUCGAUCACUGUCGAUCGAUAAACGCGAAGAGAUCAAGCCAUGGACGGCCGAGGUAGUUAAACUGAAGAAAACGACCAAGGAACGCAAAACCAUCGAGAAAGAAAAACUCGAAACGGUACAAUUGAAACCGACCCAAAUCCAGAAGCCGCAGAUUAAGCGCGAACAGCUGGAGAAGGUCGAACUGAAGACGGUGAAACGUGAGCAGGAGAUAUCCGAGCUUAAUAUGGAAGAAAUGGUUCAAGCCAUCAUCGGAGAGCAGGAAGAUAUCGACCAUAUAGAUUAUAAUGUUCAGAAAUUACGUCACGAUGAGGAUAUCUCUAUUCUAGAGAUUCAGCAGCAGGUGGAUGAAUUAAUUCGCAAAGACUCGCAAAAGGCGGAAGGAGUUGCCUGGCGUCGAGGGGGUCCAAGAAAGGAACAGCCUCAAACCGGUAGGGAACAGUUCGUCGAAACUGACGAGAGCACUAUGCUUAAGGUAGAUCGAAACGAAACAACGACAGAACUAGAACAGCAAAAACUCACUCUGGACCAGGGAGCUGGCGUAGCGUGGAGACGAGGCAAACGUCCGGAGCCAGAACAUCAACCUUAUGCACAGGUGGAAGAUUCUACCAUGCUAAGUGUCGAUCAUUUAGAAGAGCAAGCGAAACAGCAACAGCCCGAGCUCCAGCCAGUUCCUUGGCGACGAGGACCCAAAGAAACUACACCCAAACCCGUAGAGUUUACGGAACGAGAGGACUCUUCUACGCUCAAAUUGGAGCAAACCGAACAAGAACUGUCACUAGAUUCGAAACCAACCGAGCAACCGGUUGGCUGGAGAAGAGGACCGAAAGAAAGGAAGCCUGUUGUCGAACCAGCAACAGAAGAGCCGGCUCCAGAAGACCAACCAGAAACGCAACUGCCUCCAUGGAUGCGGGGACGAAAACCAGGACCAAAGCGAGAAUUACCAAAACAACCCGAGCCGGAAAAGGUCGAGCAAGUAAUGCUCAAGCCUACACCUCGCCAGAAGAAGGAGCUUCCGAAAGAGGCUAUUGAGGAGGUCUCGCUCAAGCCUGUCCCCAAGAAGCCUGUUGUGGAGGAGGUUGCUACUGCUGAGCCCGAGGAAGUCGAGGAAAAGACAGUCAAGAUUGUCAAGAAGAAAAAGCCAAAGUCCGUCACACAACAGGAGUCUCUUGAGAAGCUGGAGUUUACUCCCACGGAGGUACCCGAAGUAGAGAAAAUGGAGAUGCCCGAAAAGCUGGAGGAAGUCAAGCCAAUCGAGCCUGAACAAGAGCCUGAGAAGCCCAGCUGGCGUAGACAACAAAAGCCUAAGCCUCAAGAGGAAGUGCCAGAAGAAAAGCAAUGGCCUACUGGUAAGCGACGUCCUCUUCCAGAAGAACCGAAGGAAGAAGUCGUUCUCAAACCAAUUCCAAAGCCUACGAAAGAAGUGAAGCCUACAGAAAGCAAGGAACCUACGAUCAAACCGAAACCAAUGCCAGAACUCGAUGAUAAACCCGAGCCUGAGCUUGAACUGGAGAAACCAGCCGUACCAGAAGAGGACACCAGUCUUCCUCCAUGGCGUCGUGGCAAGAAGUCAGUAGAGAAGAAGCCUCUUCCUCCUCCGGCUGAGCCUGAAAAGGUCGAGCAAGUAACGCUCAAGCCUACACCUCGCCAGAAGAAGGAGCUUCCGAAAGAGGCUAUUGAGGAGGUAUCGCUGAAGCCUGUCCCCAAGAAGCCUGUUGUCGAGGAGGUUGCUACUGCUGAGCCCGAGGAAGUCGAGGAAAAGACAGUCAAGAUUGUCAAGAAGAAAAAGCCAAAGGCCGUCACACAACAGGAGUCUCUUGAGAAGCUGGAGUUUACUCCCACGGAGGUACCCGAAGUAGAGAAAAUGGAGAUGCCCGAAAAGCUGGAGGAAGUCAAGCCAAUCGAGCCUGAACAAGAGCCUGAGAAGCCCAGCUGGCGUAGACAACAAAAGCCUAAGCCUCAAGAGGAAGUGCCAGAAGAAAAGCAAUGGCCUACGGGUAAGCGACGUCCUCUUCCAGAAGAACCGAAGGAAGAAAUCGUUCUCAAACCAAUUCCAAAGCCUACGAAAGAGAACGAACCUAAAGAAACUAAGGAGCAAACGAUCAAACCGAAACCUAUAUCAGAACUCGAUGAUAAACCCGAGCCUGAGCUUGAAUUGGAGAAACCAGCCGUACCGGAAGAGGACACCAGCCUUCCUCCGUGGCGUCGUGGCAAGAAGCCAGUAGAGAAGAAGCCUCUUCCUCCUCCUGCUGAGCCUGAAAAGGUCGAGCAAGUAAUGCUCAAGCCUACACCUCGCCAGAAGAAGGAGCUUCCGAAAGAGGCUAUUGAGGAGGUAUCGCUGAAGCCUGUUCCCAAGAAGCCAGUUGUCGAGGAGAUUGCUCCAACUGAGCCCGAGGAAGUCGAGGAAAAGACAGUCAAGAUUGUCAAGAAGAAAAAGCCAAAGGCCGUCACACAACAGGAGUCUCUUGAGAAGCUGGAGUUUACUCCCACGGAGGUACCCGAAGUAGAGAAAAUGGAGAUGCCCGAAAAGCUGGAGGAAGUCAAGCCAAUCGAGCCUGAACAAGAGCCUGAGAAGCCCAGCUGGCGUAGACAACAAAAGCCUAAGCCUCAAGGGGAAGUGCCAGAAGAAAAGCAAUGGCCUACUGGUAAGCGACGUCCUCUUCCAGAAGAACCGAAAGAAGAAGUCGUUCUCAAACCAAUUCCAAAGCCUACGAAAGAAGUGAAGCCUACAGAAAGCAAGGAACCUACGAUCAAACCGAAACCAAUGCCAGAACUUGACGAUAAACCCGAGCCUGAGCUAGAACUGGAGCAACCAGCCGUACCGGAAGAGGACACCAGUCUUCCUCCGUGGCGUCGUGGCAAGAAGCCAGUUCCCAAAAGGGAAAUUCCUGCUCCGGAACCUGCUGUCAUGGAGACUGUUACUCUUAAACCAACACCAAAACGGGCUAAAGAAUUGCCUCAAGAAUCGAUCGAGGAGGUAUCGCUGAAGCCUGUGCCUCAAAAGUCAGAAGUUGAAGAGGUCCCAGCUGAUACGGUGUCAAUAGCUGAGGUGAAAGAUAUCUCCCCAAAGAAGGUGAAGAAACCAAAACGAAAGGAGGAAUUGGAACCACUUGAAAAACCUGUCUAUCCUGAGAUUCCUGAACAAGAGGAAGUGCAACUGGAGAAGACGGAACACAUUCCGGAAGAAGUACAAAAAGAGCCAGAAACAGUUCCAGAACAACCUCCAUGGCGAAGAACUCCAAAACCGAAACCUGUUGAAACCGAGGAAGAAGAAAAGAAAUGGCCAACAGGUAAGAGACGUCCACCAGUUGAGGAACCUAAGGAAGAAGUGGUGUUGAAACCGAUUCCUAAACCGACUAAAGAUGUCGAACCACAACCAGAGCAACAGAUCACAAUCAAACCUAAGCAUCCAGAACCAACACCAAAGGAGGAAAUUCCCGAAGUAACGCCUUGGCGUCGUGGAAAGAAGGAAAAGCCACCGGUCGAAGAGGAAGAGCCUAAAGAAUGGCCUAAAGGAAAACGAAGGCCACUGCCGGAAACUCCUAAGGAAGAGGUGGUACUCAAACCAAUUCCUAAACCAUCGAAAGAAGAACCUCCCAAACCAGCUGAAGAACCAACGAUCGUUCUGCCUAAACCUACAGUUCAAGAGCCCGAGGAACCGAAACAAGCACCAUGGCGUCGUGGAAAGAAAGAACUUCCCAAAGAAGAAACGCCCAAGGAAGAAAUAACACUCAAACCAAUCCCGAAACGCGAAGAGCCCGAGCAAACGGUGCAGGAAGAGAUCAUCCUGAAGCCAGUUCCAGCUCAACAAGCAUUGAUAGAGGAAAUCCCGGCACCGCAUGAAUUACAACCCGUCCGUGAUGUGAAGAUCGAGGAGACUGUAACCAAAAAGACGAAGCGCAUCAAAAAGCAAAUCAUUAAACCAAUGUUCCCCGAGUCGGGGAUUGCCGAGGUGGAAGAAUCGGUGACUUUCGAGGAACCCGAAGAACCGGCGCAGGUUGCAGAGAUGAUCGUAGACAUUGUUGCGGAGGAGGUACUCGAUCUUAUCCCUGAUCUUGCACCACGCGAAACUGCUAAAAAGCGAAAGUCACGCAACAAAAAGCAUGUCGUCUUCAAGGAAGAGCUUAGCACGUUUGCAAUGGAACCAGAGGAGGAAGAGGAGCAGGAAGAGGAUGAAGCAGAGGAGGAGCAGGUGCAGGAGAUUUCGCGUUCCAGCAUAACGCUCACUCGUCCUGAUAGCAAACCGGCACCAGUGCCGGUAGAAGAACUCAAGAUGGAAGAACAGACCACCGAGUUCCGCAAAGAGAUGGAGGUGCGCGUGCAAUCCAACAUUGUCAAGAAGGAAAAGAAGCGUCGUGUCUUUAUCGAUGACAGUCAACCGCUUCCUGAGCUGGAAAUCAUUACGCAGAAACGCGUCCAAGAAGUCACGGAUAAGAUCGCCGAAGAAAGCGUACGAGAGGAUCGUCAACUGAUCGAAACAACGCAACAACAAAUUUCCGAGACAAAGAUUCAGGAGCAAACAGUGAAGAUCAGCAAACCGAAGGUACAACCGCCAAACAUUGUGGAGAAGCUGCAGCCACAGAUCUGUGAACCAGACAAGCCGGUUCUGCUACGAUGCCGCAUCGAGGGUGUUCCAUUCCCAACGGUGCAGUGGUACUUUAACGACACGGUACUGUUUGCCAGCUCCGAGUACAUCAUGAAUGUGGUGGAAGAUGUGGCCACACUGGAAAUUGCCACCGUGCAGCCUUACCACGUCGGUAUCUACACCUGCGAGGCGAAGAACGUCGCCGGAGUGGCUAUCAGCAAGGCAAACAUUGUCGUGCAGGAAAAGCCCGAGCACGGCGAGGCACCUCGGUUUGUAGUGCCGCUAAAGAUCGAGCUAAAUGAACAGAAAACGAUCGCCACAGUCACCUGUCAGGUGGCGGGCAUUCCCACUCCCAAGGUGCGCUGGUUGCGUGACGAGAUUGAGAUAAUCGAGGAGAAGGAAGAAGAGAUCGAAACAUACUACGAAGAACGCACCGGACACGUGCGACUGACCGUCAAGCAUCCAAAGCAGAACGUACCAGUGGUUUUCACUGUCGUAGCAGAGAACAAGUUCGGCAAAGCAGUUGGCAAAGCGAACGUGUACAUUCAAUCGGUAGUGAUGGAGCGAGCCAAACCAUCCGCCGUUGCGCCACAGAUCGUGCAGCCGCUAGAAGCACAGGUGGUUCGUACCGGAAGUACGCUUGUUUUCGAGUGUCGGUUCACUGGUCAACCAAAGCCUACGGUGAAAUGGUUCCGCAACAGUAAGGAAAUCGUCGAGGAGGAAGAAGAAGUCAUCAUUACGACGGAAGAGUACUACAGCCGGCUGGAGAUUCGCCGUGUGACCCGCCAAAGAGGUGGCAAAUACGAGAUUACGGUCACGAACGAAGCAGGACAGGCUAAAUCGUCCGCCUCGGUUGCCAUCUCGGACGCUACCGAUACGGAUGAGGCUAAGGCACCGCGCUUCAUCGAACCGCUGGUGCCGAAGCUGAUCGCCGAGGCCGAGGUGUGCAUACUGGAGGCGUCGGUCGAGAGUUACCCAACGUCUACGUUCCAGUGGUUCAAGGAGGGUGCUGCGAUCAAGUCGACCAACGAGCAGCGCAUCGUCACGAAGGAGAACCGCUCGAUACUGAUCAUCGAGUCGUUCACCCGCCGGGACACAGGUGCGUACACGUGCCGGGCGGAGAAUGUGGCCGGUUCGGUAACUUCCACUGCGACCGUCCAAACGCUGGACACCAUUGAAACCGAGGAGGUUACCGAAUACAUAUCACCGCGGUUUUUGGAAACAAUCAAACCGACGCGUGUUAUGGAUGGAGAGCGCUUAACGCUUGAGUGCCAGGUUGUGGCGAUGCCGCUGCCGAAGGUCCACUGGUACCACAAUGCGCAGCUGAUCCAGGAAACCAAGGACAAACAGGUACAGCAGGACUCUACCGGGCGCUGUGUGCUCUCGAUCAGCGAGGUAUUCCCGGAGGAUAAGGGUGAGUAUACGUGCGUGGCCACCAACAAGAUCGGCGAGGCCAUUUGCCGCGCCACAGUCAACGUGGAGCCUUUCGAGUACGUGCCAGACUCGGAGCAGUUCCGUAGCUCAGAAGAGGAUUUGUUGACGGAUAAGUCUAUUUCAACACUCGAAGAGUAUGCGGAACCGAUCGAGUAUGCGCCGCAGAUAGUGAAACAACUGCCCACGAUCAUACACUCGCAGGAGCGCGAGUUGACUAAGCUGGAGGUGAAAGUACUUGCCCAUCCGAAGCCACAGAUACGUUGGCUAAAGGCCGGCGAGGAAAUCAUCCCAUCGGACGAGUUCCAGAUUGAAAACUUUGACGAUGGCACGUCGAUACUCAUCAUCAAUGACAUCUACCCGGACGAUUCUGGGGAGAUUACCUUCGAAGCGCACAACGCACUCGGCGUGGCCAUGACAACUACGGAGCUAGUUGUAGAAGAAAUUGUCGGAACCAAAGCGUAUCGCAAACCAGAAUGGGUACAGCACAUGGAGGAACUAAAGGAGGCACUGCAAGAAACACCCGAUCUCAGAGAAGACGCCCAUCAUAGCACCGGCAGCCAUACUGCGAUUGCCACCACAACCAUCACCACGAACAACACCACUGUCACGAAGAAAAAACACAAGAAACUUCGCUCCGACAAACGGCAGCAGCACAAACACGAAGACGAGACAGAGGUUGUCGACAGUGAAGAGUCGAUCGAGGAGCGCAGGCGCCUAACGCAGCAACGUCGCAGACAGCCCCUGCAUCCGCUGCGCCCUCUGCUGCCAAGCGAGGAACAGGUGCAGGAAGAGUUGGCCCCCGAUUUUCUUACCUCUCCCGUCCGGGAAGCGCACAGCCUCCCGCUGGAGGUGGCGUCCGUGACGAGCGAGUCGACCGUGCUGAGUCAGGUAUCGAAUCUGGUCGAGCCUGACAUGGCAGCCGGCACUAGUGCUACGGUCAAGGUCGUGCCGGAAACGGCCCUGGUAACUGAGGAGAUCUUUUUGUCCGAGCGUGAGUCCGACACGAUGCUGCCGGACAGUGCGCGCCUGGCAGCCAGUCCGCACUACAAGCUGUUCGGUGUGAAUGAGCCGGUUCAGGUUUCCGAGGUGAGUCCGCAGGAAAGCUCGUUCGAUCGAAGUCCGCAAACGAUGCCCCAGCAGGCGUCGGCUACAGCCGAUUUCGCACCCGUACAAUCGCUCAUCGUGAGCGAGUCCACAGCGCAGGACUCGACCGCUGUUUUGGAACAGGUGGUCGAAACUGUAGGCAGCGCCACCUUACAGCUGCUGACGCACGAUGCAACGAUCGUGCAGGAAACGGUGUCCUCACAGUCGGAGCGUGAGUUGUCGAUUUUGCAACGCCCAACACCUAGCCAUGCCCACACGAACGUACUAUCGAAGGAGUCGCUUCAGGUGACCGAAGUAAACCGCAUCGAAAAGGAAGAAACGUUUGACGGUCACAUGAAACUGCCCACCGUACAACCACACUAUCAGAUACUACCGUCGGAAUCCAUUCAGACGGAAGAGACCAUCACUCAGGACGCACCGAGCCGUUACUAUCCUGAGCUGGUGGUUCCGACGGAAAGUGCCCGUCCAGCAAUCGUGGAACAGAAAUCGUACACGACGGAGGUUAUGAAUGCUCCGGAAAAGGAGGACACAUAUCAACCAGGACGUUUGCCUCCGCAGCAGUGGGCCGAUGUGGAGCUCCUGACCAAGGAACCAUUGUCCGUUACGGCACAACAGGUUGGAGAGUCUGAGGUGGAGUUUUCAGCAACACCGAAGAUAAGCUCCUACCAAGCCACUGGCUCUGUCACGAUGUUCGAAAACCAACUCACAACGCAACUGGUUAAUGAUAAUAUCACCGCCCAAGACUUCCAGGCUCAGCCGUUUGAGUCCAAACGAGCGAACGUAGAGUUCCUGGAGCGAACGUGUGUCUCGGUGUCGAAGGUACUAAGCAACGAAGCGGAAGCAUCGCUUGCACCGUUUGAAGUGACGGACAGUGCGAUGGCACAGACCACUCUUACGGCACUCAAACCCGUAAGCGAAUCGACGCUGCAAUUCAUCCACGAGAAGGAAACCCUCCAUCAAGGAGCACCUCGGCCGAACGAAGCAAUUGCCGCGACACUGCUCGAACCUAUCGAAAAUCUUGCAAUCACCGAGGUGGAGACAGCUGAUACGGCAGGAAGAUUCUCACCGGAAGCCAUCGUCGACCGUUCCGAGCAGGCAUCGACCAGCUUUGUUCCAAUCCAAUCACACUCCGUUACGACGGUAGAUGCAAAUGAGAAGGAAGCUGACCUACUCGCUAAAGCUGCUGCACCUUCGGCAUAUGCCGAACAGCAGCUUAACCUGCAGCACCAGCUAGAGGUUGUGCAGCAUGAAACUGCCGAACGGGAAUUUACCUUCCAACCGCACGCUAUGCCGCAAGAUCAAACACUAAAACCAACGCCAACCGAUAGUCUGAAGUCGGUGUUGGUGCAGGAAACGAUCGCCAAUGUAUCUGCGGCUGAGCUGCUCCAAACCACCCCAACGUCUCAGCUGGCACGUCUAGUUGGGGCCGGUGAACAUGAUGAAAAGAUUGUUUCCGAAAUCACCAUCUACGAGACGGUCCGGUCGCAGGAGGAAACAGUUCGACCGGAAGAGAAAACGGCUGAACUGCAGCUGCCCAGUCUGGCCAGCGAGCUCAUUGUGACGGAGGUCAUUAGUGGACAGAUGGCUAACGAAGAAUGUAAACUGCAGGAGCUGGCCAAGGAUCAAACGAUCAAGCCAAUCCCGACGCAUUCGCUCAAGACGGUACUGGUGGAGGAAACGGUUGCCAGUGAAGGAACAGACCGGCUGGACAUUCAGCAAACGCAAGAUAUCACGCAAGCCUACGUCAAAGGUGAUGAGCUGGAGGAAACGAUCGUAUCUGAGGCGAUGAUACUGGAGGGCACACAACAUUACACCGUGCCUGAUGCUCCUGCCCAAAAAUCGGCCACCACGAACGUUGAACGCCCUGUUGAAGGCUUAACCGUGACGGAGAUAGUUUCGGAGCAGCGGGAACAGGAAGAAAUCAUACAACCUGUCAAAGAUCGCUCAGCAAAGCCGGUCCCGACGGAAGCGCUCAAGUCAGUACUCAUCGAAGAAGUGCAACUGUCUAGCCACACUGAAACACUGGCAGCUGAUGAAACGCACGCUUCUGAAGCAAUCGUUAAGAUUGGAGACGCACUUGAGCAGACGACCGUACAGGAGAUGGUUAUCCUGGAAGAUGUAAACAAUCUUAAAGAGGACAGUAAACCUGAGCAGAAACAAGCCGACACACUGUUACAACCUAGCACCGAACUUACCAUCACCGAAGUCGUCGCCGAGGAUCGCGAACGAGAAGGUUUCGAUGUGGCCGAAAUUGCCAAAGACCAUACGGCUCGUUCUGUACCGACGCACACGCUCAAAUCCGUACAGGUGGAGACAACAGAAGCGGUCGACUCGGUCAUCAGCAUCGUGGCUCCUGCUGUUGUCGAGUCACUUGCCACCAUGCAGCGUGACCAGCUGGAAGAGAAGAUUGUAAGUGAGCAACUUGUGCUGGAAGCGGUGAAUCAGUAUGAACGAGAAAAUGUCGCCAUGCGUCAGGCCGUCCCAGCGCUGGAACCGAACAGUGAGCUGACGGUAACGGAAGUGAUGGUUGAGCAGAAGGAACAGGAGAAGGUAGACGAGCUGGCAGUGAAAGAUGCACACGCUCAGUCUCUACCGACGCAUAUGCUCAAAUCGGUUACAGUGGAGCAGGUAGAAGCUUCGGAAAGCCUUACCAGGAUAGAACAAACAGUACCGGUUGAAACCCUGGCCAGUGUUCGUAGCGAUCAGCUCGAGCAAACAAUGGUCUCUGAAAUGAUCGCUUACGAAGCCACCGCUGGAAUGGUUGAAGAGGUUAAACCGACCGAAAAGUUGGCUAAUUUAACAGUGAUUCCCAUCAACGAGCUACUCGUCAGUGAAACCGUUGCCGAGCAGAAAGAAAGAGAAGGAUUCAAUGUCGCAGAGAUCGCUCAGGAUUAUGUUGCCAAACAGGUACCGACGCAUUCGCUCAAAUCGAUCCAAGUAGAGGAAACGAUUGCGAGUGAAGACGCAUCUCAGCUUAGCCAAGCAUUGGCCAGCGAGACGAAAGCAACGACCCAGAACGACGAGCUAGAGCAAACGACCGUUUCCGAAACGUUUGUCUUCGAAGAGACGCCAGCACUCGAAGCUACUCCCAAACCGACUCCCAAAUCAGCAGAAUCGCUUUACGAGCCACAGAUUGGCGUAAUUGUUACAGAGAUCAACGUCGGACAGAAGGAGCGCGAUGGCUUCAGUGUAGCGGAGCUCGCACAAGACCACACGGCCACAGCUGUUGGUGGUCAUGCAUUAAAGACAGUAACGAUUGAAGAAAUCACCGCAUCCGACACGAUUGAUCAGCUUAAAUCUCCCCAGCAGCUGCUCAGCUCGGCUUCGGUGCGCAGCGAACAGUUCGAACAAACCACCGUCCAGGAGAUGACUGUGUACGAAGGCUCACAGCAACUGCCGGUGGAUGAGAUGCCGGCAGCCAAGUCAGCCGAUCGGUCCUUCAUCCCCAACGCGGAACUGAUCGUGACCGAGAUCGUAAGCGAACAGAAAGAACGCGAAGGUUACAAUGUAGCUGAACUGGCGCGCGAUCACACAGCCACUACAACCAUGACCUCACACUCGCUCAAAUCGAUUACGAUUCAAGAGACACUUCCCGAGGAAUGCGUUGACAAGCUUCGGGAUGAUCAGACAGCAGAAGCUACCUCUGCCGCCGUCACGGACGACAAGUUAGAGGAGACGAUUGUGCGUGAAGCACUCGUUCUGGAGACGAUCGAUAACUACACGAUGGAGUUUACGCCAUCGGAAAAGCAAGCACUACCAAACAUCACUCCCAUGACGGAGCUGCACGUGACGGAAGUAAUCGUGGAGCAGAAGGAAAAGGACGGCUACUCGGUACAGGAUAUCGCACAAGAGCAUGUCGUAAAGAUGCUUCCCUCGCAUACGCUCAAAUCGGUCAUUGUGGAGGAGGUGCAGACAUCGGACGUGGUGGGUGACGUGGAGCAGCUACGGUCCAUCCCACUCACGGCAAGCGUUCGCAAAGAGCAGCUUGAAUCACAAACCGUCACUGAGCAGCUCAUUCUCGAAGGUCUCGAGAAGCUGGAUGAACAGCAAAAACCGACACACAAAUCAGCCACCACCAAUAUUGAAGCCAUCAGUGAGCUACUCGUGACGGAGGUCAUUACGGAGCAGAAAGAGCAAGAAGGAUACGAUGUGCAGCAGAUAGCAAGCAACUACAACGCUAAAGAGGUUCCGUCGCACACGUUGCGGUCAGUACAGAUAGAGGAAACACUUCCAAUGGACGAUGUCAAGCAAUUCGUGGAUACACCACACACCUCCCAUGCCAAACCGCUGACGGACGAGAUCGAGGAACGAGUCAUUGCCGAAACGGUUGUGCUGGAAAACGUUGCUAACCUAGAACAAGUGUCUCAGCCGGAGUCAAAGCACGCGGAAAAGGUGUUGCCGAGUCAGACGGAACUUCACGUAACGGAGGUGGUUGUGGAGCAGAAGGAGAAGGAAGGAUACAGCGUGUCCGAUUUGAUAGUACAGCAGUCGGCGAAAACGGUCCCUACCGAGCCACUGAAAUCGAUCACCGUGGAGGAAGUGAUUCUGUCCAGUGGAACAGAAAACAUUGAAGCUAAGGAAACAGCCUCCUCCACACUUGCCUCCGUACGUAGUGACGAACAUCAGGAAACGACCAUUUCCGAACAGGUCGUGUACGAAGCAACGGAUCGUUUCGAACAACAAACUGUCCCGGAAGGAAAAACCGCAUCCUCCUCGAUGCAACCUCGCGAAGAGCUAGUUGUUACGGAGGUUGUAUGCGAACAGAAGGAAUCGGAAGGGUUCGAUGUGCAGCAAAUUGCCAGCGGCUACUCCGCACAGGUUGUUCCAUCGCAGAUACUCAAGUCAGUGGCGGUGGAACAGGUUCAAAUAGUUGAAAUGCACGGUGUGAUGAAGGAGGAAUUAACUGUUGCCAGCGAGAACCGUGCGUUGGUUAACGAAUCUGAACACGAACAAAAAACCAUACAAGAAACCAUGGUGUACGAGAUGCUGUCUGAGAAACCGACCGAUCAAACACCCGAGCAAAAGCUCGCCAACAUUGACGUUCAGCCGGUGCAGGAACUCAUCGUAACGGAGGUGAUUGCCGAGCAUAAAGAAAGGGAGGGCUUCGAUGUGCAUGAAAUUGCGAAGGACUACACAGCUCACCCAACUACAGCCGGUUUGCAUAAAUCGAUCGCAAUUCAAGAGGUGCACUCUUCGGACGCUCUGGAAGAGCUCGACGCAGCUGUAGCUACUGCCACGGCGACUCCCCAAACGGACAACCUGCAGGAAACGGUCGAGUCGGAAACGACAGUGCUCGAAGCCAUCACCAAUCUGGUGCCUGACGAUCAUCCUGCAGGGAAAACGGCCGCCACUGCUGUGCUGCCAAACGUAGAGCUGCAGGUGUUGGAAGUUGUGGUUGAGCAGCGCGAAAAGGAAGGUUUCGAUGUGAAAUCGAUUGCUAAAGAUUUCCACGCACAAGCCCUUGCAGAAGCUGAACCGAUGAAAUCUGUCAUUGUAGAAGAAGUUCAGGUGAGCCAAGAUGCAACGGAGCUGCCUUCCAGUCCUGCUCAAAAGCAAGCGGCAACUUCUACCAAAGAUCAGUACGAACAGACGAUCGUAAGCGAAACAGUCGUGUACGAGGAUCUAGCACAACAGCAAGAGCGUCUAACGCCGGAAGAGCAUCGAGCAACGGCGAGCCUGGAUGCCGUAACAGGAGUUACCAUCAUCGAAGUUAUCACCGAACAAAAGGCAAAGGAAGGUGUUGAGAUAACAGAGAUCGAUAGUCAAAAGGCGAAACUGGUACCGAGUGAUGCUCUCAAAUCGCUUACAGUGGAGCAAGUGGACACACUGCAGAGUGUGGUGGAUGCACCGCAAGGACAAGUACCCAAGACGAAGGCACUUGUCAAGUCCGAUACCAUCGACGAAACGACGGUAAUCGAAACGAUGGUGUUUGAAAACACGUCCGAAUACAAGCAACAGCUCGAACUAACGCAACAAACGGCGAAGACACUCGCGGAUGAAGACACCAAGAAAUCACUUCUGGUGCAGGAGGUAUUGACGUUGCAAGAGUCAAAGACGCUACCAGCCGACGGCACCAAGCCGGUUGAAGCUAGCUUUACGCCCGACCAAUUGCUACAGACUACGGUGGAACAGACGACCGUGUACGAGGGAACGGAACAGUUUUCGUCCACGCUAACGAUGGACAAAAAGUAUCCCACGUUCGACAUGCAAGGGCUUGAGCUACCACUUCAAAGUACGGUGGAUGUAUCAGAUGCUGUGAGUGAAUUGACACCGCAUCGCGAGCCCACAACUAGUGUUAAGCCUAGUCUUACAGAACAGCUUCCUGCGGCUUCCACCACGGAAACCGUGAGCCAGGACUCGUACGAUAAACUGUCCACACCGAAAGAAACCACCACGCAACAGGCACAGCGCACGGUAUCGAAUUUGUUCGUUUCGACCACGACCGAAACAGUGCUAGGGGAAGGGCUAGAUAGGGCCGAUUUCAGUCUGCGGUCAGAAACCCAAACGGCGUCGAUGAAGUUUACCGAUAUGACGGUUGUACCCCUGCAAUCUGAACUACUCACAUCCGACACGGCACAGCUACUUGAAGAGACCGUACAGCCACAUCACACUGGCCACAAAACACGUACCACUACAUCACAGAGCAGACAGAUCACUAGUCAAGCCACACAACAGGAAGAACAAAUCAUACACACAGAAGAUACACAAAACAUACACAUUCAGAAACGAAAACAAUCCAUGCCGGAAGAAGUGCGCGUCUCACAAACAGUCAUUGAACAGGGUAAAACGAAAAAACAAGUAAUGAAAAAGCGAGUGGUGAAACAGGUCAUCGAUGGAAAAGAGCAGAUCACAGAAAUUGUCACCAUCCAGGAAGAUGAUCAAGUGCCCAUGACAACUGUUACUGUAAGUGCAACGAAACUUCCAGUGCAAGAAGCCACCGCAAAAUCACUGGCUAACCAGCAAGAACCGGACGCAUUGCAAAUUCUACAGCCGAUUGAGGAAACAACGAUCGAAGAGCAUCCAGAAGUUGUAGAAGAAGUCAGAUCUGACACCGGUGUAGUCAAGAAGAAGGUCGUUAAGAAGAAGAUCAUCAAGAAGCGUGUUGGGCCCAAGGAAGAGGUCACUGAGGAAGUUACCGUAGAGGAAGAUGGAAAACAGCCUGAGACAACUGUCACAGUCACCGAACAUGAGGUUCCAUAUGAAGUUACAGAGCCUUUCGAGGAGGAGCGCAAGCCUCUCGAAGCUGUUGUGGAUGAGUAUCCAGAGCCAAUGCAGGCAACGCUUAAGACGAAGACUACCAAGAUCGUCAAGAAGAAGGUCAAGAAGAUCAAGCAAGGCGAGCCCAGCUCCGAAGAAGUUCCUCAGGAAGAGGUGGGCGAGUUGGUCCUCGAACAGACUCCCAUGGAGCAACCAGUUAUUGAGGAGCUCCCAGAGCAUGUUGAGGUCGUUGAGACCAUCACUAAGGAAGGAAAGCCCAAGAAGCACGUCACCAAAACCAAGAUCAUCAAGAAGAAGACGGCCGGAAAGGUCGAGGAGGUCAAGAUUGUGACUGUGCAAGAAGACGAUCAAGUACCCGAGACCACGGUUACCAUGACUGAGGAAGAGACGGCUCCUGAAACAGUUCCUACCGGGUCUGAGGAGACUCCGUCGGUGGAAGUCAUCAAACCAAAGAAAAAGAAGAUCAAAACCAUCAAGAAGACGGACGAUGACACAGACGACAUUAUUCAAAGGCUUUUGAAUCUGGAAGUGAAAAAGACCGAACUAGAGCAAUAUGAAAAGAUUGAUGUGGAGUUCAAGAGUAAGACAAAGCACACGGAAGAACACGUGAUUGAAGAUCAGCCAGAGUUUGCCGAAGUUUCGGAUGUACCUGUGCAGCGUGCAGUGAAGAAGAUUACCAAAACUAAAACCAUCAAACCCAAGCCAGCACUGGACGAUGAGCAAAAACCUUCCAUUGAAAUAGUCGAUGAAGAACAUGUACCAGAGCUUCCAGAAUCUAUCCAAGAACAGGAGGAAGCAUAUGAGCUAGCAGAAGAAUACGCGUACGAAAUGCCUCAAGAACAAAUUCCAGUUGUUGAGGAGCUUCCUGAAGAAAUCACGGUUAAUGAAGUGGUUACACUUAGUGGCAAGAUCAAAAAGCAAACUACUAAGAAACGUACUGUAAAGAAGACCAUUGGCGACAAGCAAGAGCUAGUCGAAGUAGUAACGGUUGAAGAGGAAGGCCAACAGCCCGAAACAACCAUAACUAUCACAGAAUCGGAAGAACAGCCAGAACUGCCAGCUACCAUUGAACAAAUGGAAGUUGAGUCACCCAUUAAACCGAAAGAGCCUCGAAAGCUGAAAAAGAAGAAAGUAAAGUCGAUAAAGACUACGGACGAUGUGGAUGAUAUUAUCGAACGAUUGCUUAAUCUCGAGGUGAAGAAGACCGAACUGGAACGUUACGAACGCGUUGAAGUAGAGCUCAAGAAACGCCACAAAACGCUAGUGGAAGAAACCCUGCACAUGCCUGUAGCAGAGAUGGCUGUGCUGGAGGUGAUGGAGCUUCCCAAACCAGAAACUGUUCGCAAAACUUCCAUCACCACAGUUCCACAAGAACCGGAACAAACUAAGAAGGUUGUUAAGAAAAAGAAACCAACAUCUUUACCAGAAGCACAAGUUACAGAGGAACCAGUUUCGAUCCCUAGUGUAGCUGUGGAAGAAACCGUUGCUUCAGAAGAAACUACCGUAUUAGACGAUAGUCUAAAUGAAGAGCCAACAACGCCAAGUACGGCGAUUAUUAAAAAGAAAGUCACUAGAAAAUCUGUGCGCAAAGAACAACCCAUAGCAGCUGAAGAUGUGCCAUCUGAGCAACCUUCCGAGAAAGCAGAGGUACCAGAAACGGUUGAGAUGUUUGAAAGUGAUCUAACAGAAGUUGAUGUAGCUCGCGAAAUUUCAAUAGCAGUACCACAGCCACAGGAAGCUUGCGUUGAAGAGUACGACGAUUCAUUCUUAACAUACGAAGAGAAAUCGCUCAAGAAAUUACAAGAAGAAAAGUUCAAACCGACUACAGAGGCGCAAGCCGAACCCAAGAAGGUUGAAAAGAAGGUUAAGAAAAAACCCAAGAAGGACAAGCCGUCUGAAGAAGACGAACAGCUUCAGCGCUUAUUGAACUUGGAGAUUGAAAAGACGCAACUCGAGCAGUACGAGAAGGUUGAGCUCGAAAGCAAACCCAAGCCAGAAAAACUGAAACCAGUAUUGGUGCCUCAAAAAAUUGAGCGCAAAGAACAAAAAGCUCAAAAGAUGCUUAUCUCAGAGCCAGAAGAACAGCCACAAAUGGUACGGCUUCGAAAGGUGAAGGUACCGGAACGCAAGGAAAUAGAGGAAGUAGUCGUUCCCAAGGUACUGCUCAAGAGUCGCAUGAUCGCGGUGGAAUAUCCGCCAGAAGCGUUGAAACCGGUCAUUACCGAUCUGACACCCGUGAGAGCAAUUGGCGAGCUGUCGAGAAUUGAGGAGGAAGAAUCUGCUGAGAAGCUGAAAAAGAUUAAGAAGAUCAAAACUAGCAAGAGCAAGAAGCUGGAAUUGGAAACGCCAGAAACGAUGGACUAUGAGGACGAAAAGCCAGAAAAGGAAGAGUUCGACCAGGAAGCUCAUAGGUAUCAGCGUAAACCUAAAGAAAUCUCGGGCGAAAAACCGGAAGAGAAAACGCUCAAGCUAGGCAAGGGUAAGCUAAAGAAGGAUGAAGACGACAUUGAGCAGGUGAAGCUGAAGAAAACGCCCAAAAAGCCCAAAGAGGAAGAGCCGGAAGAGCAAAAGACCGUGACGAAGCCAAAGCAAAAACCAACAGAAGUCGAAACAGACGACAAGCAGCGUCAUGUCGAAAAGCCCGUCUAUAAACCCACUGACAUACCAGACUAUACGGUUGAUAUGGAGGAAUAUAAGGCUCCAGAACCAAUUCCAGACGAACCGGAAGAGGAAGCAAAGAAAAAGCCAAAGCCCAAGAGGAAACCGAAAACACCGGACGAGAAGGAAGAGGAACCGAAACCGUUGGUUAUGGGUAAGGGUAAGCCUAAACCGGAAGAGCCGGAGGAAGAUGUCAAGUUUAGAAUUCCUGUUGGUAAGAAAGAGGAUGAGGAGCCAACCGAGAUCAAGUUGAAACCGUUCAAAAAGCCUGCUUCCAAAGAUGAAGAGCCAGCUAAAGAUGCUGAUAGAGAAAUGGCUCUCCCGGCUAGUACUGAAAAGCCUCAGGAACCAGAAGAGGAAACUACUUCACCGCAAAAGGUCAAAAAGAUCAUAAAGAAAACUAAACCAAAACAGAAACCAGACGCACAGGAACAGCUGGACGAACCGGCCGAAGAGGAAAUGCCCCAAUCGGUGCCAGACAUUGUCGAAGACGUUCCUGACAUUGUUCAUGCUGUAGUGCCGAAAACUAUCACCGAUGAGGAGUUCCAAAAGCCGGAAGAACUAGAUCUUACCCCACAGCCGCAGUUUGAUUUCGUAAUAGAGCAGCUGCCCGAGGAGGUUAAGGUGACGCAGGUCAAAACGGAAGCCGGCACAGUUGAGCAGCAAACAGUGAAGAAGCGCAUCAUCAAAAAGAAGAAAGACGACAAGGAAGAACUCAUUGAGAUAGUGACCGUGCAGAAGGGCGACGAGCUUCCCGAGGCAACAGUAACAGUUACACAAGUGACCCCGGACGACAGUACUACCACUGCAGCGCAGCCAGAAAGUGCUGCGAAGCGCAAGGUACGCAUCAAGAAAACAGUCAAACCGGACACGCUAGAAGCGGACAUUGAGCGACUCCUGAAUCAGGAAAUUUCUAAAACAGAGCUCGAGGUCUACGAGAAGACAAACUUUGAGCCGGCAAAGCGCGUCAAAGAGCAGCCGGUUGAAGCGGUUGCUCCCGAAACAGCCGUACUGGAAGAGCCUGCUCCUACCGCACCGCAGCAGGUGAAGGUUAAGUCGAAGGCCUCCAAGAAACAACACCCAGUCACCCCAUUACAAGCCAUACCACUCGAACCAGCCAUUGGACACGAAGCUACCCAACAGACACUCGAUACCACCACACACACAGUCGAAGACAGGCGGCCAAUCAGUGCGGAUACCGUAGAUUUGCAGGAGGACACAUUCGAGACGAAUGAAUUCGUUGAGACCGGUCCGUUGCAGGAUGUUGUGCAGCCGGUCGAUGUGCCGGAAGCCGCGCUGGAGAAGCCGGAGGUAUCGAUGAAGCCUCAGGUGGCAGCCGCUCCGGUCGAGGAGGUGUUGGACGUGGCGGUGGAACAGACGGACGCUGUGACAGCCGAGCUUCCGCAGGAAGAGCAGGCGGCCGCGUCCGAAAUUCCAUCCGCCGUUACCGAAACACCAAUCGUGAGUAAACCCAUUCUUGAAGCAGCUCCAAUCGAAGCCGUUCUUGAGCAGCAGGUUGAGGAGACGGGUACGGCCGACGCACUAAAGCUGGAGGGAGAGCAGCUCGCACCGGUCGAGGUGCCCGAUGACGCCACCGAGAAGCCGCUGGUGCAGGCCAAACCAACGCUCGAGGCUGCCCCGAUGGAAGAGCUGCUCGAGCAGCAGGUCGAGGAAACGGACAAUGUGCCUUCGCUGGCGCUCGAUACCGUGCAGGUAGCGCCGAGCGAUGUGUCGGAGCACGCAACCGAAAAGCCUACGGUACAGGACAAGCCUCUGCUGGAGGCCGCCCCUGUGGACGAUCAGUUCGAUGUGUCCAUCGAGGAAGCGGACACGGUUGCUUCGCUCACUCUGAACGAGGAGCAUCUGACGCCAGUCGAUGUGACGAUCGGAGCAACCGAAGUGCCGGCAGUGCAAGGCAAACCGACGGUUGCUGCAGCCCCAGCCGAAACCGUUCUAGAGCAAGCGGUGGAAGAGGCUGCAGCCGUGCAGGAGCCUGUGCUGGAGACGGAGUCGCUUGUGCCGGUGGAAGAGCAGCGGGCAGAGCCGACGGAAGAGGCGCUGGUACAGCCGGCCGCUACCGUCGAAACUGCUCCGGCUGAAGCGCCCAAGAAGGUGGUGAAGAAGGUGGUGAAGGUCACGAAGAAGUCCAAGAAGUCUAUCGACGAUGACGAGGAGCUGCAGCGCCUGCUCAACCUGGAGAUCGAGAAAACGCAGCUGGAACAGUACGAGAAGAUCGACGUCGACGGCAAGCCGAAGGUUAAGCCGGAGAAGGGUGAGAUUGUUAAGCUAGAGCCUAUUAAGAUCGAACGUAAGGAACAGAAACCGAUUCAGCCAGAAAUCACUGACACACAAGAACCACAAACAGUUAAACUGCGCAAAACCGUCAUACCAGAGAAGCGGGAGGUGGAAGAGGCAGCCGUACCGAAGGUACUGCUGAAGAGCCGCAUCGAGCGGGUGGAGCUCGCCGUCGAAGGGCAGCAGCCCGAGAUCGUGCAGCUGGACACCCGGCCGGGACAGGGAGUGUUGUCGCGCAUCGAGGAAGACGAGGUGGAGCGUACGAAGAAGGUGAUCAAGAAGGUAAAGGUGAUCAAGAAGGAAAAGCCCGAGCUGGAAACGCUGGACAUUGAGCGGUACGAGAAGGAACCGAAGGAAGACGAGCCGAAGGACGAACAAAAGCCACAGUACCAGCGGCAGCAAAAGGAAGCUCCGAAGGAUGAACCGGAAGAGCGCACGCUGCAGCUGGGCAAGGGUAAGUUAAAGACGGACGAGGAGCAUCACGAGGAGGUGAAGCUGAAGAAAACGCCCACCAAACCAAAGGAAGAAACGGUCGAGGAAGUGAAGCCAAAGAAAAAGGUCGAAGAAAAGCCAAAGGAAGAGGAGCUGGACAGCAAGAAGCGCAGCGUGGAAAAGCCAAAGUUCACACCGACCGAUAUUCCGGACUAUGAGACGCCUCUCGAGCCGUACGUGAAGCCGGAGCCAGAACCGGAGGAAAAACCGGUACAGGAACCGGAGAAACCAAAGGUACCGAAGGAGCCGAAGGUGCCCGAGGUUCCCGAGGAACCCGAGCACAAGAUCGUUCUAGGUAAGGGCAAGAAGCCGGAACCGGAACCUGAGGAUGAGUUCAAGUUCCGCAAACCGGUACCAACGAAGCCGGAGGAAGAAAAGGAAGAGAUUAAGCUGAAACCAUUCACAAAGCCAACGCCCGACACAGAACCGAAAGAGCGUGAAGCAGACCGUGAUAUGGCGCUUCCAGUUCCAAAGGAUGUGCCCGAUAGUGCAGAACCAGACGCAGCUAAGAAGAAGGUAAUCAAGAAGGUUAUCAAAAAGCCGAAAGCACCGGCCGAGGAAGAACCUAAACCAGAGGAGCCAGUCACGGUGCCCGAAGCACCGGUUCCGAUUGAAGUACCUGCUCCAGUGGUUGAAGAGGUGGUGCCUGCACCUGUUGAGGAGGUCAAGAAACCCAAGGAAGUGCAGGUGGAGCAGCCCAAGGAGCUGGUACUUCCACAACCGGCUGAAGAACAAACGGACUCUCUCCCCGUUCCACAAGUCCCAGAAGAGAAACCAAUCGAAACGGUACAAGAACCUGCGCCGGAGGUGAAGGAAGAAGCCCCGGUGGAGGUACUGGAACAGAAGGAGAAGAUCGUAAAGAAAAAGGUUGUGAAAAAACCAAAGAAAAAACCAGAAGAAGAUGCCGAACUGGAACGCUUGCUGAAUCUGGAGAUCGAGAAAACGGAACUGGAGACGUACGAAAAGGUUGAUCUUGAGCCUAAACCCAAAGAAACACCGGCACCGAAACCGGCCGAAGUGCCUGCAAAGGUUGAAGAACCGGUCGUUGAAAAGCCAGCCGUGGUGGAGCCAGUCGUGUCCAAGGCACAUAUGGUCGAGGAAGUACUUGUGCCCGAGGAAGCACCCACUAUUGCACCGGUUGAGCCGGCGAAGCCAACCGAACCGGUAACGAAACAAGUUCCGGAGGAAGUGGUAACUGCCGUGCAGGAACCGGCGGUCGUUGUGAAGACCGACGAACCAAAGCCCGUUCAGGCGGAGCCAAAGCCGGUUGAACAGCCGGUUGAGCCAGAAAAGUUGGAAGAGAAGAAACCGGUGAUCAAGAAGAAGGUUAUCAAGAAACCCAAGAAGGCUUCUAUUGAAGAUGACGAACAGUUGCAGCGUCUGCUAAAUCUGGAAAUUGAAAAGACGGAGCUGGAACAGUACGAAAAGGUCGAUGUAGACAUCAAGAAGCCACAGAAAACGGUCGAAACGGUUGAGGUGCCGCGUACGGCACAGGUGGCCGAAGUGGAGGAGCCAGAACCGGUCGAGGUAACACUGAAGCCGAAGAAGACGGUCAAGAAACCGACCGAACCGGAACCGGUGGAGGCUGAAUUUAAGAUCACCAAAAAGCCACGCCUACCGGAAGCCCCACAAGAGGUGGAGGAGCAGAUCACGCUGAAACCGACACCGCAGAAAGCGGAAGAAACGGUUACCGUUGAGCGUAUCAUUAAGAUCGAGGUGGAGCAGCCGGAACCGGUCGAACCGCCGACCAUUGAGGAGGUGGAAGCCGAUGAACCACAGCCCGUGGAGGAUGUGGAAACGGUUGAGCCGGUGGUUGAAGAGCCGGUGGAAACGGUGGCCCCCGAGGAAGAGGUUGUCCCCGUGCAGCCCUUGAUCGAGGAGGUGCACGAUGUGCAACCGAUCAUCGAGGAUGCCGUGAUUGAGGCACCAUCCGAGGAGGCUCCAACCGUGGUCGAGUCGGUACCGAUUCAGCCCAUCGUGGAAGAACCGCAGCCAGUAACGCCUCUGCGCAAGGUGUCGCUCAAACCGGUCGAACCGAAGCCAGAAGCGCCGGCGGAGAAGAAGCCGGCCGAAAAGCCCAAGAAAAAGGUGGUGGUUGUGAAGAAGAAGAAGGCAAGCAUCGACGAUGAUGCGGAGCUGCAGCGGUUGCUGAAUUUGGAAAUCGAGAAGACCGAGCUGGAACAGUACGAGCGCGUCGAUGUGGAUCUGCGCAAGCGGGAGAAGAUGACGAUCGACGACCAACCGCAACCACAGCGAGCUGUGGAAUCGACGAUCGAGCCGGAAGAGAGCGCACAGGUGAAGUUGCCACGCAAGAAGAGUAAACCGAAGGUAGAGGCUAUUGAAGAGACGGAGGUUGAGUUUAAGAUCAAGCCUAAGAAACAACCGCAGGUGGAGGAAACGGUCCAGGAAGCGACGGUGUCGCUGAAGAAACCGAAGAAACCAGCACCGGUGAUCGAGGAGACGGCAACGGAGGAGGUGGUUGUGUUGAAACCGUCCGUACCGAAACCGGAAGAGGUGGAAGAUGUGGAGGAAUCGAUCAAGCUGAAACCCAAACCAGCACCGUACACGACCGAUGAAGCGGAAGCUUCGCUCAAGAUCGUCCGGGAAGAGGAACAACCGGCCGAACCGGAGCCUGUGAAGGUGGAGGAGAAGAAGCCCAAGAAGAAGGUGGUUCCGAAGAAGAAGAAGGAGGACGAUAUCGACGAAAUCACGAAGAAGCUGCUCGAGAUGGAUGUUCCAAAGACGGAGCUGGAGAAGUACGAAAAGAUCGAUCUCGACGUUGUGAAACCACCGAAGGAGACGGUCGACGAGGUGACGAUGGUCAAGCGCAAACCAAAGGUGAAACCCUCGGUGGAGGAAGAGGAAGAGGUUGAGACGAAGCUUUCUCUACCCAAGAAGAAACCCUCCAUUACGGAGCCGGAAGAGGCAGAGGCUACGUUUAAGGUAGCACGAAAGCCCUCGGUACCGCAGCAAGCCGAAGAUGUUGAAGCAUCGCUUACGAUCACCAAGGAGGAGGAAGUGCCGGCAGAGGAAGAGAUCACCGAGCACGUUGUGGUGCGCAAACAGCGCCCCCGUCCCAAGCCCGCCUUCCGGCGCGAAGUCCUGGACGAGGAGGAGGUGCGCAUCAAGAAGAUCAAAAAGGUACGCCAACCGCGGCCUGUCUUCAAGGACAUCGAGCCCGAAAACGUUACGUUCCGGCCGAAGCGCACCAAGCACAUCGAAGACAUCGAGCAGGAGUUCAAGAUACAGCUCGAUUCGUACGCGCGCGAAGAAAUCUCCAUGUCCGGCCGGGUGAAGCUGCCGGCACCGUACAGCUACGGUGAGGAAACGGGCGAAGCGCACAUCACCAUCAUCAAGCAGGUGGACGAGGACGAUGAGGUGGUGUACGAGGUCAUCUACGAUGAUAGUGAGCAGGACGCGGAGGAAGAGUACCGGUACGAGGACGAAGACACCGAGAACGUGGUGAUCGAGCUGCGCAGGCGGCGCGAAAAGCUCGAGAACCUGAUCAUGCACCACGAGGAGGAAAUCUCACUCGAUCUGACGCAGCGUAACAGAUCACAGUUCACCACCACCACACACGAAGAAGAAUCAUUCACACUGAAACAGCCCAAGAAAGUCCUACCAACAUACUCUGAAGAAACGGCAUCGCUGAAAAUUAUCCGUGAGGAAGAUGCAAACGAUAUGUACUGCAUUCAGGCUGUUGAGGCAGAGAAUGAGGAAGCACUGCACAUCGUGGAAGGAGAGAAGGUCUAUGUUAUUGAGCAUAGCAACUCGGAAUGGUGGUACGUGAAGCGAUCCUGGUGCGAAGAGCGCGGUUUCGUGCGUCGCGAGUACCUGAUGGACGCCGUCACCUAUCCGCAGUAUGUGCAGAAGACGCUCAACGAGAAGAUAGACAAACUGCCGGUGUUCGAGAAGCCGGGCCCGGGUGAGAAGCCGCUCGCACCGAAGAUCAUCGAGAAGCUGCAGCCGAUCACGACGCAGGAUGGCUACACGGUGCAAUUCGAGUGCAAGGUGGAAGGAUUCCCGCGACCGUCGAUCACCUGGUUCCGCCAGACGGCCGUCAUUAAACCGUCGCAGGACUUCCAGAUCUACUACGAUGACGACAACGUUGCCACGCUGAUCAUCCGCGAGGUGUUCCCGGAGGAUGCGGGCACGUUCACGUGUGUCGCUAAAAACAUUGCCGGAUUCGCUUCGAGCGCUACCGAGCUGGUUGUUGAUUCGUACAGCUCGGACCAUGGUUCGGACGUUGCCACGCUGUCGCGCAAGAGCAUGUCGCGCGAGUCAUCGCUGGCCGACAUUCUGGAAGGCAUCCCGCCAACGUUCUCGCGCAAACCGAAGGCGCAGUACGUGGACGCGGGAUCGGAUGUGCUGCUCGAGUGCCGUCUCGUGGCCGUGCCCGAGCCGGACAUUCUCUGGUACUACAACGGGGUGGAGAUCGAGAGCAAGGACAACGUGCAGGUCGUGGUGGAGUCGGACAUGCACAUGUACUGCACCGUGGUGCACAUCAAGGGUAUCGACAAGCUGCAGGAGGGUUCGUACCAGGUGGUCGCCCGCAACCGGGAGGGUGAAUCGUCGCUCGACAUCAUGGUGAAGGUGAAGACGGGCGUGCAGGAACCGCCCCAGAUUCUGGAACCGCUCAAGAGCAUGACGAUCCGCCAGGGCGAGACGGUGAUUCUGUCCACGCAGAUCGUCGGCAAUCCGGCACCGGAGGUGCAGUGGUUCAAGAACGGUGUGGCUUUGGACGUGCCGACGCAAGCGGAUCGUAACAUGUACACCGUGACGCUGGUGGCUCCGACGCACGACAAUGCGGGUGAGUACACUGUGCGCGCCAAGAACGCUGCGGGAAGCGUUGAAACGAGUGCCUUCCUUACGGUCGAUGAAUCGAACGUUGGUAACCCGCAAGCACCACUCUUCCUGGAGCGCUUCGAAGAGCAGAGUGUGCCACAGGGCGGUACGAUCAAACUUCCAGCAAGGGUGACCGGUAAUCCAGUGCCCGAGAUUCUCUGGCUGCGCAACAACAACACGCUGCUGCCGUCCAAGCGCGUCAAGCAGGCGUACGACGGUGAAAACAUUGAGCUGUUGAUCAACAACGCCGACUCGGAGCAGGACUCGGGCAACUACAAGUGCAUUGCGUCGAACACGAUCGGCAAGGCAUCGCACGGUGCGCGCGUUACGGUCGAGGUUGACAAGGUAACGUUCACCAAGAAGCUGAAGAAGACGAUCACGGUGGAGGAAAGCCGUUCGGUGACGCUGGAGUGCGAAACGUCGCACACGGUGUCCACCAAGUGGUUCCACAACGGCAAGGAGCUGAGCGGCAUGGACCAUCGCAUGAUCGUGCAGGAGGGCAAGGUGCACAAGCUGAACAUCAAGAACCCCACCAUCAACGAUACGGGCGUGUACCGGUGCACGGUCAAGGAUCAGCAGACCGAGUGCAGCCUGACGGUCAUCGAGGCGAAGCCCGAGUUCCUGCGCAAGCUCGAGGACGUCGAGACGAAGGAGAAGGAGCACGCCGUGCUGGAGGUGGAGAUCACGUCCGAGACGGCCGACGUUACCUGGUACAAGGAGGGCCGCAAGCUGGUCGAUACCACCGGCAAGUACGAGUUCGCCAAGAAGGGCAAAUCGCGCGUACUGUUUGUGCGCAACACGUCCGUGCACGAUGAGGGCGAGUACACGUGCGCCCUGGCCGAUCAGGAGUGUUCGGCCGAGGUGUCGGUAAUUGAGCUGCCGCCAGAGAUCAUCAGUGCACCGCGUGACGUAACGGUUGCCCGCGGGGAGGACGCCAUCUUUGAGCUGGAGCUCACCAAGGGCGAUGCGUUGGUGCGCUGGUACCGCAACGAGGAGGAGCUGUCGUUCAACGGGCACGUGCAGCUGACGAUCGAUGGCAAGCGGCAGACGCUCAAGAUCAACAAGACGGUCGAUGCGGACGGUGGAGAGUACACGUGCGUGGUCGGUGAGCAGCGUGCCAAGGCUCGGCUGACGGUGGAGAAACCGGUCGUCGACUUUGUUCGUCGUCUGCCCGAGGUUACGCUGACGACGCGCGAUAACGAUGCCGUGUUUGCGGUGGAGUUGUCCGAGUCGGCAGAUGUGGUGUGGUACCGCAACAGCAAGGUUAUUGCCGCCUCCAGCAAGUAUGAGCUGGUUGUGGAUAAGUGCAUUCGCAAACUGAUCGUGAAGAACAGCGUCGAGGACGAUGAGGACGAGUACACGUGUACGGUGUCGAACGCGAAAACGUCGUCGAAGCUGAAGGUGGAGAUUAUCAAGGUUGCGCCAACGAUCUUCGAGGACGGUGCGCGUACGUUCACGAUCCGCAAGGACGAGGACGUUACGUUCAGCGUGAAGUUUAACGCGACGCCCAAACCGGAGGCUGAGUGGCGUGUGAACAAGCGCGUCAUCAUACCGUCGGCGAAGUUUGUCUCGACCGUUACGGAGGAGACGGCCAGUCUGACGAUCAAGCGUGCGGCGGAAGUCGAUGCCGGAGAGUUUACGCUCAAGCUGACGAACGAGUGUGGCGAUGCUAGCGCUUCCUUCACGCUCAUUAUUAAGAAACAACCUGGAGCUCCAGAAGCACCAGAGGCAACGCUCAUUACCGAUGACUCGAUCACGUUGUUCUGGAAGGCACCAAGCGACGAUGGCAACAGCAAGAUCACCGAGUACUUGUUGGAAUAUCAAGAAAAGAAUCAAAAGAAAUGGACCGAGGUUACGAGCAUCACCGAAACGACCACUACCGUCACGAAGCUGACGAAGAAUGCUGAGUACACAUUCCGUGCCACCGCCAUCAACGAAGUGGGCAAGGGUCCAGCGUCACCCAACUCGCCGUACUACAAGAUCAUGGCACCGAUCCAGAAGGAAGCUCCGACGGUAAGCGAGCACCUGAAGGAUGUGCACGUCGGACUCGGCCAAACGGUAACGCUCAGCUGCAUUGUGACGGGCGUGCCCGUCCCAGACGUGGCCUGGUUCCGCAACGGACAGCCACUCAAACAGGACGUCGUGUCGUACGAGAAUGGUUCCGCCAAGUACCAGAUCAAGUCGACCACGGUCGAAAGUGGGGCCAAGUACACGUGCCGCGCCACCAACGAGGUGGGCAGCGUCGAGAGCAGCUGCCAGGUUGUGAUCGAGGAGAAACCGACGCUGACGGUCGAGAAGAAGCAGAUCGUGCAGAAGCUGCGCGUUGGCGACGAGUGGAAGGUUGUGGCCGAAUUCACCGGCUUCCCGGCACCGGAGCUGAUCUGGUACCGCGAGGAGGAGAAGCUCACCUCCACCGCCGAGCAUACGAUCGUUAGCGUGGGUCAAUCGUCCACUAUCGUCAUCUCCUCGCUGGACCGUGCCCACACGGGCAAGUACACGGUGGAGGCACGCAAUGCGGCCGGUUCGGCAACGGUCGAGCUGACGCUGAAGGUAAUCGACAAGCCGAGCAAACCGGAGGGACCGAUUGUGGUGCGCGAGCUCAGCCCCGAGGCGGUGGUGAUCGAAUGGAAGCCACCGUCCGAUGACGGUGGGCUGGAGAUUUCCCAGUUCACCAUCGAGAAGUGUGACGAUGCGAACAAGAACGCCUGGAUCAAGGUGGCGGACGUGCAGCGCAACAUCAAGUCGUACUGCAUCCAGAAGCUGAUCGACAGCACGCAGUAUCACUUCCGCGUGAUUGCGCAGAACCCGGUCGGUUGUUCCGAGCCGCUGGAGAGUGCGACGGUGAAGAUUCAGCAGACGGUGGAGCCACCGUCGCCACCGCGUGGCCCCAUUGAAACGUCCGGCAUGACGAGCAGCUCGUUCACGCUCAUGUGGCAGCCGUCCGAGUCGAACGGUGGCAGCAAGAUCACGGAGUAUGUUGUGGAGGUGAAGGAAGCGAAGAAGAAGGUCUGGAAGGUGGCUGGUACGACCAGUGCGUCCGAAACGUCGCUGCUGAUCGAGAACCUGGCAAUGAACAAGGCGUACGACUUCAAGAUCACCGCCAAGAACAAGGUCGGCUCGAGUGAACCACUCCAGACGGUGGAGUCGAUUGUGGCCGGAAAGGAAAUCACUCCACCAUCUGCACCGCGCAACCUGCGCAUCACGAACGUUACCAGCAAGAGCGUCAAGCUCGAGUGGCAGCAGCCCGAAACGAACGGUGGCUCCGACGUGACCGGUUACAUCAUCGAGAAGCGGCUCACUACGGCGCAACAGUGGACCAAGAUCAAGACGCUCGAGUCCAACUGUCUGUCGUACUGUGUGGACAACAUGAAGGAAAAGACCGAGCUGCUGUUCAGGAUAUUCGCCGAGAAUGCGGUCGGGCUUAGCUCGCCCACCGUCUCGGAGAGUGUGGUGCUCAAAUCACAUGCCACGGUUCCGUCUCCACCAACUGGUCCGCUAGAGGUACGCUACCUGGGACCGAACAUUAACAUCGUCGAGUGGGGCAUUCCAGAGUCGGACGGUGGCGCCCCGAUCGAGGGCUACACCAUUGCCAUCCGCAACGCGAAGAAAACGAUGUGGAUGGAGGUGGGCCGCGUCGCGGCCGACUGCCAGUCGUUCAACAUCAAGGAUCUGCAGGAAAGCGAAGACUACCUCAUCCGCAUCAUGGCCCGCAACGAGGUCGGCCUGAGCGAUCCGCUCGAGUCGGACGAACCGUACACGGUGCAGCUCGGUGCCGCUCCGGACGAUGUGCACGACGAAACGACGAGAGACUUCUCCGAGCCGACGGGCACGAACACGUCGUCCUGGCUGCGGGAACACAACAUGACCGCCGACAUCAACAGCUACGCCCGCCAUAAGCUGCUGAGGAGAAGCGAAUACUUCUUCAAGCUGUGGGUUAACGCCAAGAGCCUGUUCAAGUAAACAGAACGAGAGAGAGAGGGAAAGAGAGAGAGAGAAAGUGGGAGAGGCAGAGAGAUGAAGAGUUCCAGCUUAUAGUCCAACCCCGUUAUUAACCGUUAUCAAACUGUUCAUUUGAAUUGUGGAUACACAAGGUUCCAUGCUCCAUCAAAACUGGUGGCUUACCGGAGUUCGAGUAAUAUGCUAGAUGUUGUAUGUAAAUGUUGCUGUAAAACCGAAGAUGUCUAUAUGCGAACGUCCCAUUCUACCAAUAGAUCCCUCCCCUUGCGAAGCCAAAGGGAGCAAAUUGUAAGAAUCUUCAUGGAACUGUGAUAAAAAGAGCAACAGCAGUUGAACCUCCUGCCCUUCGGUGCAGAGAGAGAGAGAG